CACUGACAUCUCAGAAUAGCUUCAGGGGAGAGAGGAGUUUAGAAGAGACAGCCACAGGAGUUUUACAGGACGGUCAGCAGAGGAGUGAGGGAAAGCAGCCAGAUACAUUCUACUGAGGAGAUAGAGAGGAAUUUCAUAUAUGGGCAGGUGAAGAAUUAUCUGAGACAGACAGACAGACACUAAAGAAGGAUCAGUAAGGAAAGCAAGCAGACAGAGGGCGAAGUGUGUCAGAGAGAGGUGAAGCGUGGCACAGACUGUCACAGAACAGCUGAGAUUAGGAACAGAAAGAAAGCUGGCAGAAGACAAUCGAAUAAAGGUGGCACACAGAGUGUCUGGGUAUGGACACAAAGUCGGAUUAGUGAAAGAGGAAGACAAGUGCAGAGGUGACAGUAAAAGAGAGGGAGAGAGGUGACAACGUAGGGUUAGAGGUGGAGAGGUGAUACAGGUGGAUUGGUGCUAGAUGCAGAGAGACAUUUAAUUUGCGGAAUCAGAGUGCAGAUGUGAUAGGAAGAGACAAAGGUUCCUUUAAUAUAAAUAGUUCUGGGAUCUAAGUACAGUCAUCCAACCUAAGAGCCUAAAAUAAGGUGUCUUCUUGCCCAACAUUCUCCAAAACGUUUUCAUUUCUCUGAAAACAUGUCGGCGGCAGUGGAGGCUGUGGGUUUUUUCUUUGGGGUGACAGGGUCAGUCAUGUUGGGAAUCUCUCUCUUCAAUGCCAACUGGCGUGUGUCCUCAGUCGAUGGGAAUGUCAUCACGACAUCCACAAUAUAUGAAAACCUCUGGAUGAGUUGUGCAACCGAUUCCACGGGAGUCUACAACUGCCGGGAAUUCCAAUCCUUGCUGGCCUUGUCAGGUAAGAACUUCGGGUUUCUUGGUCAAUGAGAUCCAUGGUCUGCUGUGUCUUGGCUGGUGGGCGUGCAAGGAUUAGAGAUUUCCUCGUCAUGCAUGCAUCACCAUGGAUGAAGCAGGUGUAAGAGAAAUAAUAUUGGGAGUAAAGGCUUAUAUUGACGGUAUGAAACAAGGAAUAAAACUAUAGAGAAAGAAGAAUGGGCUGGGAGAGUUACAGUAGGGAGGCGGUGGGAAACGUUAGAGUGUUUGACAUAAUAGUGCAAGUAUGUUGUGAAAUAGAAAAGGGAUAAUUAAUAUAAACACUGUAACAAAGAAAGUAGCAGAAGGAAGGUUGGGAUAAAAGAAAAGGGGCAUUGAAAAGAGAAGGAAAUAUAUCUAGUCUAUUGGAAAAGAGGAAGAAAGGGACAGAAAAUAAAGACAUGGGGUCAAACAAGGAGAAUUGAGUGUAAAUGGUGAAAAAGAAAAGGGGAGAAAGGAAGAGGUAGAGAAAUAUGAUUAUUAUUUGGUAUUUUAUUAGCAACACCAUAUAAUGCAGCGUUGGACGAUAGAGAGAAUACGGACUAAUAAUAAACACAUACUGAUGCAGAAAGAAACAGAGCACCUGUCCAGUGAGCUUACAAUCUAACAAAUACGAUACUUUCACACAAAGGGCUUAGCAAGAAGGUAGAUCGAAAAUAGAGAGGGGUGGGAAUAUACAUACAUAAUAUUUAAUAUCAAUGUAUAUCAAGCACAAAUAAACAAUUUGAUAUUACCUGAUCAGUGUCAAGUUGCAGAUCACUUUCUGGGUAAUAAACAGGAAGGUUUAGCAGUGCGGUGCUCAGCCAAUCAGAAGAGCAAUCCUUGUUCAGUUUCACUCCUAUUGGUCCAUUUAGAACCUUUCUAAUACAAUACAGAAUACGAUGAUUUAUGGUUUAUCCAUCGAACGAAUUAGUAUAAAUAAUGGUUAAUAAAAUAAUUGGGGGAAAAAAAACAUGGAUAGUACUGAGUGCUGUUUGAAGACAUUAAAAAGAAAGACAAACAAAGCUGGCUGAAAGAAAUGCUUCCAGGGAAGCAAAGACAUUAUUUAAAUUUCCUAAAAAAGUUAAAAUAAAACAUUAAUUCUCAUUACAGUCAUGGAAAUGUUCAUAUACUUUUGCUUCAUUGUACAUUUUGCUAAUAUUUCAAGUAAAAUUAAUAAGUAAACACAACAUGUAGCUGAACAAUUCCUUCAUUUAGUCCUCACAAAUAAUUCACUUUUACUUAAAACCAAGUAUCAAGGUUAGUGUGUGUGUAGUGUGUAGUGUGUGUGUGUGUGUGGUGUGUGUGUGUGUGUAUUUGAGUUUGAUCUGAAAUGGUUUUGUCAUUAUGUGGCAUUCUUAUCAGGAUUGUUUAAUUGAGUUUAAUGACAUUGAUUUUGUAAUAUGUAAGUAUUUAUAAAAAUAAGUGAUGUCCUCUGCAAGUAAAUAUGGACAAACAAAGCCAAUAAAGUCCCUAUUACAAUGUGUGCUUUAAAUGACUGACUGUGUCCGAUAACGCACUUUAGCAGAGGCUCUUCACUGAACACAGAGACAAAACGGGUGAUAUGUGUGAAUGGUGCAGGGGACUUCCAAGCAGCAUAGGUUAUUAUGACGCGUUGUGCAUCCCAUUUAUGGUAAAUUUAAUAUGUGUGUGUGUAUUUGAGUUUGAUCUGAAAUGGUUUUGUCAUUAUGUGGCAUUCUUAGCAGGAUUGUUUAAUUGAGUUUAAUGACAUUGAUUUUGUAAUAUGUAAGUAUUUAUAAAAAUAAGUGAUGUCCUCUGCAAGUAAAUAUGGACAAACAAAGCCAAUAAAGUCCCUAUUACAAUGUGUGCUUUAAAUGAAUGACUGUGUCCGAUAACGCACUUUAGCAGAGGCUCUUCACUGAACACAGAGACAAAACGGGUGAUAUGUGUGAAUGGUGCAGGGGACUUCCAAGCAGCAUAGGUUAUUAUGACGCGUUGUGCAUCCCAUUUAUGGUAAAUUUAAUAUGUAUAACUAGAUCAGUUGACUGAUGCUUUGCUACUUGCAAGUAAUACUAAGUUAGAAAUGCUUUCUGCUGUCGCAGUUUUGCUCGUGAUUAACAUGGAAGCAGUGGCAGAAUUAACAUAGAGAGGGCCCUGGUGCAAGGAUUUUAUGCCCCCCUAAUGCAGGGGUGGCCAAUGAUAGAUCCAUAUCUGCCAUACAUCCUUGCAGGGUUGUAUUUGUUUCAAUGUUUUUGUAUGGAGCGUGUGUGUGUUUGAAUGUAGGGAUGUAUUUGUGUCUAGUGUUGCCAUUUGGAUGCGACCGACUGGGCCCCUGAUCACACAUACCCAUCAGGUGUCCCUAACUGCAUGGGCCACCCGAUGGGCCCCCUCAGUAUGCAGGCCCUGGUGCAGCUGCACAGGCGCUAGUUCUGCCACUGCUUGGAGGUCUCUUGGAUACUGAUAGUUGUCUCAUUGUCUCUAUUUUACAUGGGAUGCUCUGCAAUUCUGACAGUAGAUGGCAAACACCUGCUUUAGCACCAUGUGAACUCAUUGCAAGUUGAUAAAGAUAGGUUUAUUAUACUUAGAGUUGAUUCUGGAUUGGAAUUAUCUCUCUGUCCUUGUGAUUAGUGUAUGAGAUGUCAGAUUGUUGGUGCCUAAUAUUGACUUAAAAAAAACCCAUAAACAUAAAACUGUUAAAUACCUACUGAGGCCAGGUAGGUCAUGCAGACUAUAUCAAAUCUAUACUUCACUUUAUCUAUACUUUUUUCGAAAAAAAAAACCUAAACAUUUCUCUGUAAAAUUCUAAAUAAAAGCAUACAUUCAGCUUGAGCACACAACAUAAAGUGAUUGCGGAGGUAAUACUGUCCUUGUUUUGUUAUUCUGCUUAUGUGCAUGUAUGGACGUAAUAUGAUGCAAAUAAGAUAACAUAGCUUACCCCAAAUAUCCCCCCAAUAAUGGCAGACACCGAAUGUGGAUGAAACAGGCCACAGCAUUUAUUAAACAUAACCUUUAUUAACUUUUUCAUUUAAUUAUAAUUAGAGAUAAUACAUAAAUAAUAUUUGUUUUCUACAUUUAUUGCUUUCAUUUAAACCGUUGCAUUAGCAAGCAUUUUUAGGUUUUUGCACGUUGGCUGCCAACGCUGCCAGAAGAAAUAUAGUUCAGAUUUAUUUCAAUUUGCAUUUGAAGAAUUUGGGUCUAGAUUUUAGCCAUUUGGCGAAGUUCGGUGCAGCUGAAAUACGUAUUAAAUUCAGACUCAUUUGGAGACAUUGUUUGGAUUUUCCAGUCUGAAAGGCCCUGUAUGCAGCAAAAUAGUUUUGCUCCAUUGGUACAGGGCCAUUUGGACUUUAGUCUGUUGAUAGCUUUGUACAAUCAUUUUUGCUAUUUAAAUAAACUGUUUAUUCUGUUUUAUUUGCCAUCAGAUCGGCUAUAUGUACUUUUUUAAUCUUAUUAGCUCAUGGAUAUUCAGUCUGUGAAUGGGAGAUAAGUUUGUAUAGAAGACUUCUAGGGUUGAAUGUCAUCACGGAGUUCCUUGAGAAACAAGUUGAGCAUCCUUCUAUCCUGUCGGGUUUGCCAGUGGAAUCUUACUACGCUAUAGCUUAAUCUCACAUGACGACUUUCUAGCCUAAGGACUUAGCAGGAGUCACUCAUUCUUUAUAUUAAUACGUUGUUUGGAUCUGCAUACAAGAAGUUCAUUGUUAUGUUAAAAUAAUACUUGGUAAGAUUAUGAUUUUCUUACAUGGAAUCUGAGAGACAAAGCGGGAAAUAGGAAAUAUUCUACAUGGCAAAUAAAUGAUUAUCUAUUAUAUGAUAAAUCAAACAUUGAAUUAAUUAAAGAAUUCAUUAUUAUUUUUUUUAGAAAAUAACCCUAAGGAUACAUCUCCCAAAAUAAAUUGGAGUGCGUUUAAAUCCGUUUUAAGAGGGCAUCUGACAAAACAUAGUACUCAAUUUUAAAAAAAAAAGAGGAGAAAGCUUAGCAGAGUUAUAUAUAAAAUUUAAUCAAAUAGCUAAUAAAAAUAAGUUAGAAAAAUCAAACAGUUAUGAAUCAGAAUUAUGGGGGGUACAAAAACUCAUAAAACAAAUAAAAAUAUGGAAAAACUUAAAUUAAAAUAUUAUAGUAAAGAGAAUAAAGCAGACAAAAUACCUUCUGCAUAAUUAAAAAAAACGUUUGAAUCAAAUUACUAAAAUAAUAAGAAAUGGAGAGAUAGUACAAACACUAGCAAACAUAGGUAAAAGUUUUGUAUUACAGCUCUCUGUAUAAUCUAAAAGAGGCAAAUGAUAAAUCAAAUAUAAAGAGCUAUUUAAUAAGAGCUCAUUUAAAUAAAAUAUCAGAGUCCCAAAGAAAUGAUUUGAACCAUCCUAUAGCUAAACUGGAAAUUGAGAAUGAGAUAAAUAAAAUGGAGAAAAUAAACACACCGGGCCCAAAUGGUCUUAGUCAUUUAUUUUAUAAAACUUUCAAAGACCAAUUAGUAGAACAACUGACUAAAACCUUUAAUUGUACUGUCUCACGAGCGUCUUUCCCUACUGAAAUGUUACAAGCUAAUCUAUUACCAAUCCUAAAACAAGGGAAAAAUUCAACAGCAGUUGAAAGUUAUAGGUCAAUUUCUUUAAUUAAUGGAUGUACCAAAAUAUUCUCUGCAAUUUUAGCUAAUAGAUUGAAAAAUAUAUUGAGUACUAUAAUACAUUCAAAUCAAAUUGGUUUUGUACCAGGAAGAAGUGCCUUAUAUAAUACAAGGAGAAUAACUGAUAUUAUUGAUUCUGUCACAAGAAAAAGAGUCCCCUUGUUGACCCUAUCAAUCAAUGCUGAGAAAGCAUUCGACAGGGUCAGGUGGGUAUUUAUGAGUCAAUCAUUACAACAAUUUGGGAUCCAGGGUUGGAUACAUCAGGCCAUUAUGGCUUUAUAUACAAUACCUUUAGCAAGAGUAAUGGGACCAAAUUUAUAUUCAAAUUGGUUUUCGCUUAGUAAUGGUACUAGGCAGGUAUGUCCCCUGUCUCCACUCCUUUAUAUCCUGUCCUUUGAGUCCUUUUCUAAUAGUAUAAGAAACAAUACGAGCAUCAAGGGAUAUAGAUGUAAAGAAGGGGAACAAAAAAUGUAUAUGUUUGCGGAUGAUUUACUAAUUACAAUUUCAGAGCCUAACAGGUCUUUAGAAUAUCUUAUAAGCUUGGACUUGUCACCAGUGGGGUACCUCAGGGAUCUGUACUUGGACCCAUUCUCUUUAAUAUUUUUAUUAGCGAUAUUGCAGAAGGUCUUGAUGGUAAGGUAUGUCUUUUUGCUGAUGAUACUAAGAUAUGUAACGGGGUUGAUGUUCCAGGAGGGAUAAGCCAAAUGGCAAAGGAUUUAGGUAAAAUAGAAAAAUGGUCAGAAUUGUGGCAACUGACAUUUAAUGUGGAUAAGUGCAAGAUAAUGCAUCUUGGACGUAAAAACCCAAGGGCAGAGUACAGAAUAUUUGAUAGAGUCCUAACCUCAACAAUUGAGGAAAGGGAUUUAGGGGUGAUUAUUUCUGAUGACGUAAAGGUAGGCAGACAAUGUAAUAGAGCAGCAGGAAAUACUAGCAAAAUGCUUGGUUGUAUAGGGAGAGGUAUUAGCAGUAGAAAGAGGGAAGUGCUCAUGCCAUUGUACAGAACACUGGUGAGACCUCACUUGGAGUAUUGUACACAGUACUGGAGACCGUAUCUUCAGAAGGAUAUUGAUACCUUAGAGAGGGUUCAGAGAAGGGCUACUAAACUGGUUCAUGGAUUGCGGGAUAAAACUUACCAGGAAAGGUUAAAGGAUCUUAACAUGUAUAGCUUGGAGGAAAGACGAGACAGGGGGGAUAUGAUAGAAACAUUUAAAUAUAUAAAGGGAAUCAACACAGUAAAGGAGGAGACUAUAUUUAAAAGAAGAAAAACUACCACAACAAGAGGACAUAGUCUUAAAUUAGAGGGACAAAGGUUUAAAAAUAAUAUAAGGAAGUAUUACUUUACUGGGAGGGUAGUGGAUGCAUGGAAUAGCCUUCCAGCUGAAGUGGUAGAGGUUAACACACUAAAGGAGUUUAAGCAUGCGUGGGAUAGGCAUAAGGCUAUCCUAACUAUAAGAUAAGGCUAGGGACUAAUGAAAGUAUUUAGAAAAUUGGGCAGACUAGAUGGGCCGAAUGGUUCUUAUCUGCCGUCACAUUCUAUGUUUCUAUGAAGGAGAUAGAAGAAUAUGGACAAGUAGCAAACUAUAACAUUAACAUAGAUACAACAACAGUAAUGGAUCUUAAUUUAGAUAACAGUUUAAAACAAGAUAUUAGAUCUAAAUAUAAUUUUACUUGGCUGAAAAAAAGAUAUGCCCUACUUAGGAAUAAAAUUAGCAAGGGAUAUAAACAAUAUUAGAGAAAUCAACUUCUUGUCACUCCUUCGUCACACUAACCAUUUGUUAAACAACUGGAUAAAUAUAGAAAAAUCUUGGAUGGGAAGAAUUAAUAUAAUUAAUUCACAUAUUCCCCCCAAAUGGCAAUAUAUGUUUAGGAUGAUUCCUCUAAAUUUUUCAGAUUGGUGGUUAAGUUUGAUUUAGAAGAGUAUUACAAACUUCAUCUGGCGGCAGAAAAAAACAAGACAUAAUCAAAACAUUUUAGUGCGAAGUAAGUUAAAUGGAGGAGUUAAAUUCCCAUUAGUUAAAAAUUAUUUCUCGGCUAGCAUGAUAUACCAUAUAUAUAAUACUUAAUUAAACAAACAAGAAGAAGAUGCAUUGUUUCAAAUUGAGACGGUAUCUUGCCACCUAAAGGAUAUGAGUUCUCUGCUAUGGCAAGCAAAGGACUCGAAGAAGAUAUUAAUGGCCAGAAACUCUAGCACUGUUUUUGAUCACCUUACCGGUUUUUGGAUUACAUUAAAAAAUAAAUGUGGUAUAUUGAACCAGAUUCCAGAAGAUAUUAAUUUAGUUUCUUUGGAACAUUAUAUUAUGGGGUGGAGACAGAGGAGCAUCAUAAAAAUAGAACAAAUUUUAAUAGCAGGAAAAGUUAAACCUUUUCCACAGAUUGUUCAAGAAUACCAAAUUUCAGGAUCAGAGAUAUUUAAUUAUCUAAGAUUAAAAAAUGAUCUAACGUCUAAUUUACUGAAAGACAAAUCAGGCAUAACAGACUUUUCAAUAUAUAAAUUAUGAUUAGAACAUUACAGUUGAAUGGACACCUGGAUGUUCGGGUCCGGCGGGUUUGAAAAAAAGUCCGGGUUCGAACUUGACCCCGAACCCGAACCCCAUUGAAGUCAAUGGAGACCCGAACAUUUGGCCACAAAAAUGGCUCUAAAAAACUCCUGGAAAGGGCUAGAGGGCUGGAAAAGGAAGUAAAAUGGGGGUAAGAGUAGGACAAAUGCCCUGCAAACAAAUGUGGAUAGGGAAAUAACUUAAAAAUAACAUAAAAUAACCUACUGUCCCCCCCGGUCCCCACCCCUCUGCGGUGGGUGUGGGCCCUAAAUAACAAUAAGGGGGGGGAACCAACAGUGCCCCCUGGCCCCCACCCCUGCGUGGUGGGUGGGGGCCAUAAAUAAAAAUUCCCCCUCCCCCCAGGUGACUAGGGGUCCCCAAACCUAUAGUCAUCCCCCUCCCCCCAAAACAAUUACCCCUACCUACCCCCCUCAUCCUAAAAAUAAUGAGGGGGGACCCUUGUCUAAAUACCUGUAAAAAAAAUAGACUUACCAUGAUGUCUUCUUUCUUCUAAAAUCUUCUUUUUUCAGCCCCCAAAAAGGCCAAAUAAAAAAUCCAGAAUAACCGACGCACUUAAAAAAAAAAAGAGUGCAAAAAAAAAAUAAUCCUUCUUCACCCAUGGAGGGCUCCACGCAGAUUGAGCUCUGCAGGGCGGGGGAAGGCUUAUAAAGCCUUGCCCCGUCCUGCAAUUAGGCUCAGAGGUGGGUUUAAGCCAUCCAAUCAGAGUGCUCUGAGAGAUUGACAGGUAAGUCUCUACAUUUACCUGUCACAGCACUCUGAUUGGAUGGCUUGAAAUCCACCAAUCAGAGUGCUCUGUGUCAUUUUACACAGCGUGGGAAAGUUCUUUGGAAUUUUCCCACACUGUGUAAUUUGACUCAUAACACUCUGAUUAGUUACUUAAUCCACCAAUGAGAGUGCUCUGUGUCAUUUUGUCAGUAUAGCGAGUAGGGGCAUAAUUUACUAAUACUAAGUGACCAGCUUCUAUAGAGGCUGGGUCACUUGCUGCACUGGCCAAUCACAGCCAUGCCAUUAGUAGGCAUGACUGUGAUGGCUUCUAAGGGCACACGAGUCAAACGAUUGUUGAUUGGCUCCCCUGCGGCCUUUCAAAACGCGUCAUUAAAUCGCUGAACUCCAAACUCCAACCCAAACAUACAGUGAUAUGUCCGUGUUCGGGUCCGGGGUCCAAAAAACUUAAUGUUCGGUAUGAACCCGAACUUUUCAAUUUGGGUUCGCUCAACUCUAUUUAACAUCUAAAGUUUUGUCUAAAGGUAUGGAUCUGUUGAAUACGAUGGAAAUAUUACAAACAUUCCCCGUUUUCCAAAUAUGGCAAAAAGACAUAAAUUAUAUUAUAAAUAUAAAUGAAUGGUGUGAAGCAUGGAUAAAGGUUACAAAGGUAAUUCACUGUAUAAACUGUGCAGAAAUACAAUUCAAAGUUACACAUAGGUGGUAUUUAGCACUGACAAGAUUAAAAAAAAUGUACCGUGAGCAUUCACCAUUAUUUUGGAGAUGUAACAAGGUCAAUGGAACAUAUAUCCACAUAUGGUGGAGCUGUAAUAAUAUUGUUAACACUUGGAAAAAUAUAUAUAUAUUUUUAAGAAAAACUCAUACCAAGUUAGAUUUGAAUUUUACUCCAGAAAUAGCACCUGAAUUGGUCAAAACUAAACAACAAACAAUGUUUUUUCAUCAUACAAUGUUUUUUGGACGUAAAGAUUGCACUCUGGUCAAAUAUACAUAAACGGUUAUUAUACCAAAUUAAAAUGGAAAUGAAAAUCAGCAAAAUCCUAGGAUGUACAUCCAAAACAACCAAAAUAUGGGAAGAACGGGUAGAUAAAUUGGAUAUAGAAAAUAUUAAUCAACCCUGAACGUUGAAUUUUUUUUUUUUAAAUCUUAAAAUAGAUUAAAGGACUAUUAUAGUGCCAGGAAAACAUACUCAUUUUCCUGGCACUAUAGUGCCCUGAGGGUGCCCCCACCCUCAGGGUCCCCCUCCCGCCCGGCUCUGGAAGGGGGAAAGGGUUAAAAACAUACCUUUUUCCAGCGCUGGGCGGGGAGCUCUCCUCCUCCGAUCCUCCUCCGUUCCUCCUCCUGGGCUGAAUGCGCACGCGCGGCAAGAGCUGCGCGCAUUCAGCCCGUCACAUAGGAAAGCAUUUACAAUGCUUUCCUAUGGACGCUGCGUGCUCUCACUGUGAAAAUCACAGUGAGAAGCACGCAAGCGCCUCUAGCGGCUGUCAAUGAGACAGCCACUAGAGGAAAUAGGGGGAAGGCUUAACCCAUUCAUAAACAUAGCAGUUUCUCUGAAACUGCUAUGUUUAUGAAAAAAUGGGUUAACCCUAGCUGGACCUGGCACCCAGACCACUUCAUUAAGCUGAAGUGGUCUGGGUGCCUAGAGUGGUCCUUUAAGAAUAUACUGGUUCUAAUUACAACUCCCCGGGACGCUGCUCCUUGACGGAUUGACUUUGUCUUAAAUUUAAAGUCCUGUAUUUUUGUACAGGAUUUUGUUUAAUAUGUAUACUGUACAGUGUAAUAAUUAUUUAUAUGUAAGUAAUUAAUAUUUAUUUUAUGAAGUUCAUUAUGGAUUUGUCGAUGGUGAAACGAGUUAACAGUGGUUAAUGUAGUUAUAAAUAUUCUCACAUAUAAUCAAUUCCUGAAUAAGAGGAACAGAAAACAACAGAGAAAGAUUAUAUAUAAAGAAAGGGGUCAAGAAAGAGGAAAGAGAAGGAAAAAGAGAAGGGAAAGGGGAAAAAGAGAAGAGAAUAUAUAUAUAUAUAUAUAUAUAUAUAUAUAUAUAUAUAUAUUUCUUUUUUAUAAUUGUAACACAAUUAUUUAUGAAAACAGGCUUAAUAUGUUUAAUAAGAAAUAGUGCAAUAUUGUAUGUAUUGUGUGUUUUGUUAGUGGAUUUUUUGUAUCUAUGUUAUGAUCAAAACCCAAUAAAGAAUAUAUAAUUAACAAAAAAGAUGUUCAUUGUUCCAAGUCAAUCUAACAUCAAGUGUGAGAAAGGAAAAGCAAGAAGAAUGGAGGAUAGAAUUAGAGGUGAAUAUGGUAAAGGUGGCACAGGUAUUGGCCAACUAAAUAGAAGUUCAGGGUUGUCCACUAAACCUGAGAAUAGUGAGGAAUCUACCAUGGAAUGUCAAAUUUCAGGCCAAAAUAUACGGACUGGAAAAAUUGUACACCUCAGGGUUAUUUUCUAAAGUGAGAAUUGUCAGUUCAAAGUGAAUUUCAAAGGUCGAUGUAGCGGCACCGGAAGCAUAGCUGACUUGGAGAAUGUGUAAUUUUUACUAUUUUGACCUUAAAUUUUAAAUUCUCUGUGAAUUCUCUAUAACCGUUAUUUGUGCCCCAGAUUUGUAAUUCCAUUACCAGUUCUCCAGAUAAGAUAUAAGAAUUCUGUACUAAUCGAAGAGCAAUUUUUCAUUAGAGGCCAACAGAGGUACUGCUAAUGCAUUAAAGGAACACUAUAGGGUCAGUAACACAAACAUGUAUUCCUGACCCAAUAGUGUUAAAACCACCAUCUAGCCCCCCCCUGGCCGCCCCUUAACCCCUAAAUAUAGUAAAAUCUUCCUUUUGUUCAAGUCUGCAGCUGCUGGCUCUGCCCCUAAUAUGCCUUCUUGGUUGACAUCAUCAGAAGUGAUUGGUUGAGACUGUCAAGGAGGCAGGUCAGGGGCAGAGCCAUCACAAGCCAAACACAUUCAUUGAAUGAAUGCAUCUCUAUGAGGAAAGUUCAAUGUCUCCAUGCAGAUGAUGGAGACACUGAAUAUCAAUCACACUUUGCAGCACUGCCCCAGGAAGCACCUCUAGUUUCCAUCUGAGGAGUGGCCACAGAAAGCAUCCCUAGGCUGUAAUGCAAACACUGCCUUUUCUCUGACAAUACAGUGUUUACUGCAAAAAGCCUGAAGGGAAUGAUUUUACUCACCAGAACAAAUACAAUAAGCUGUAGUUGUUUUGGUGACUAUAGUGUCCCUUUAAGAUGAAUAUGUUUAUCUCUUGAAAUAGAAGAAAACCUCGUAUUUAGAAUCGAGAUGCCAAAAUAAUUUUGAAUUUGGAUAAUUUUUCCAAUUUGUCUCUUUUCUUACAGGAUCCAACCCAUACAAAGUAAACACUACUAGUCUUCAUUAAUUAUAUUUAACAAAUUAUUGAGUACUUGUCACUUCUAUUCUUUCUCAAUAAGCACCACGGAAGCUUGUAUGUAGUGUCAUUAAUGCCAUGCCAAAAUGAUUUUCCCAUAAUGCAAUUUGUGACUUAAGCAAAUCAAAGUUGCAGAUAAUUUAAAGCUUAAGGACACAUGACAUGUGUGACAUGUCAUGAUUCCCUUUUAUUCCAGAAGUUUGGUCCUUAAAGGACCACUCUAGGCACCCAGACCACUUCAGCUUAAUGAAGUGGUCUGGGUGCCAGGUCCAGCUAGAGUUAACCCAUUCUUUUAUAAACAUAGCAGUUUCAGAGAAACUGCUAUAUUUAUGAAUGGGUUAAGCCUUCCCCCUAAUCCUCUAGUGACUGUCUCAUUGACAGCCGCUAGAGGCGCUUGCGUGCUUCUCACUGUGAUUUUCACAGUGAGAGCACGCCAGCGUCCAUAGGAAAGCAUUGAUAAUGCUUUCCUAUGAGACCGGCUGAAUGCGCGCACAGCUUCUGCCGCGCGUGCGCAUUCAGCCAACGGGGAGGAGAGAAGGAGGAUCGAAGUGGGAGAGCUCCCCGCCCAGCGCUGGAAAAAGGUAAGUUUUAACCCCCUUCCAGAGCCGGGUGGGAGGGGGUCCCUGAGGGUGGGGGCACCCUCAGGGCACUAUAGUGCCAGGAAAACGAGUAUGUUUUCCUGGCACUAUAGUGGUCCUUUAAGGGGUUAAGGGAAUAUUUAUAAGUAAACAUUUUGCAAUCAACCUGAAUGAAAAUUUCUUCUAAAAGGUGUUGGGUUUAUUAACUAAAUACCAAAUUGAAGUUAACUCAAAACAUUUCAAAAUUCAGAAAAAAUCCUGAUUUGAACAAUUCUCCUCAAUAACUCGAAAAUAGUUUUAUAACUGCCCAAGGGAUGGCAGCUUGUAUUGUGUAAUAUGGUACGGUUAGAAUUUUGAGUUGUCAAAUUUAUGGUCAUGUGAUAUCACGACCAUGAACCUCCCCCAAAAUGGCUACUAAUUCAUGUUUUGUGAUUUUUUUGGGUUGAGUUUCUGUUCUGGGCAUGGCUUGAAGUGGUCCUAUUAUAGAAUAUUUCUGCUGAAUUUGUUCUGUGAGAUUAUAUACUGAUAAUCAUUUACUACGUUUACCUUAAAGAGACACUAUAGUCACCAAAGCAACUUUAGUUUUUUUUUUAUAUAUAUAUAUUUUAUUUUUAUUGGAUUUUCUUUUUUGUAUGUAUUUCAUCACAUUUCAGAAGUACAAUACAACAUUGCAUUAUAACAGUGUAAAAAGAAAAAAUAGUAAAGAACAUCGUAACAUCGCACUAUUGUAUACAUGUAUUACGUUAUCAGUAACAUUUGUAUUUGGCCUAAAUUUAACUUUAGUUUAAUGAAGCAGUUUUGGUGUAUAAAUCAUGCCCCAGCAGUCUCACUGCUCAAUUCUCACUUCGCUUUUACAGCCCUAGGUCCCACCUCCCUGCAUGCGACUUACACAGCCUUCAUAAACACUUACUGGAAAGAGUAAUCUGAUGUUUAUACUUCCUUUAUUGGAAAUGCUAGACCCUGAAAGAGCCCCCUGUAUGUAAUUAAAGUUAAAUUUACAGAGCAGGAGAUAAAAACUUUUAAAGUAAGUUAACAUCUGAUUAAAAAUAAAACCAUUUUGUUUUCAUGCAGGCUGUGUCAGUCACAGUCAGGGGAGGUGUGACUAGGGCUGCAUAAACAGAAACAAAGUAAUGUAACUCCUAAAUAGCAUAGAAUUGAGACUGCAGGGGCAUGAUCAAUACACAAAAACUGUUUCAUUAAGCUAAAGUUGUUUUGGUUACUAUAGUGUCCCUUUAAAAUAUACAGAAAGUGCAUUUUUUCACAUCGUAGUCCAAGCACAUUUUUUUCACUUAUAUUCACAAGAAAGAAGAGAACUGUAUAUCAGAAUGACCGAUACCCACUAAUUGCUUCAUUAUAUAGUUUACAAUAAGAGCAGAACUGCCACAUAUGAUAUUUAUGCACAACCUGAUAUCCAGCUAAAGUUAGAUUUGGAUUCAUUAGUUAGCUCAAGGCGGUGUGCAAGAAGUUCCCAGGUGUACCAAAAUGCAGGGUCACAUUGACCUCUUUGUCCUCUGUUUAGGUCUGGACUAGCUUCUUAUUCUUUUAAAGAAAAAAACAUGACUUCCUCUCUAUAUAAUUAGUUAUCAUUAGAGUAAAAUGUUUGAUCUCUACCUCUUUAUAUUUUAAUAUUUGUUAAGCAAAGUUUAGAUGGCAAUUGUUUUCUGGGUGCACAACCUACUGCAAUAUGCUGCACAUUAUUCAUUUAAAAACACAGCAAAUUCUACUUUUUACAUUUUUUUUUAAAUUUAUGCCUGACUUUCUUGGCACAACCAUGGUAUACCAUGUAAAUGGAUUUAACCUACGAGAGGGUACAUUUUAUGAAGAAAUCUGAAUGCUCAAUGGUGAUGUCCCGAAAGGUUCGCCGAACGAUUCGCCACGGAUGGCGAACAUAUGCGCUGUUCGGUCCACCCCCUAUGUCAUCAUUGAGUAAACUUUGACCCUGUACCUCACAGUCAGCAGACACAUUCCAGCCAAUCAUCAGCAGACCCUCCCUCCCAGACCCUUCCACCUCCUGCACAGCAUCCAUUUUACAUUCAUUGUGAAGCUGCAUUCUUAAUGAGCUGUCCAGGAGGUGGGAGGGUCUGGGAGGGAGGGUCUGCUGCUGAUUGGCUGGAAUGUGCCUGCUGACUGUGAGGUACAGGGUCAACGUUUACUCAAUGAUGAUGAAUAGGGGGCGGACCAAACAGCGCAUAUGUUCGCCGUCCAUGGCGAACCGUUCGGGGAACCGUUCGGGACAUCACUAAUGCUCAAUAAUAAUCGGAUAAAACAUUUAAGUAAAAAAUUGGUAAACACAGGUCAUAAACAUUUCAACAUGGAGAGUGAGGAUCUGCUCUGACAGUAAAGUCAGAUAAUAUAACUAGUAUGUAAGCCUGCUGCUGAUUUUUAUAUAUCAAACUGGAUUGGCAAGUUUGACUAAUGCUUGCCAAUGUUAAUCUAAAUUUAGUAAAUAGUAUAAACAUAACGUGGCUCCUAACGUUCCAACUCAAUCUACUCAAUCCUAGGAAACUGAUACAUCCAAUUUGGCCAUUUCUAAGUAAGUAUCAGCCAAUAAUCGAGAAAAAACAGGCAAGUAUUAACCCAUUCCCACCCCCAAUCUCACAGGAAAAAUUGAUUUAAUUUUCAGAGCAAAGUAGAAGCAUUAUAUAUUUAAAACUAAACAUUUAUUUUCCACUCAGUCUGUUGCGUUUGGCAGAUGGAUUGUAAACCCCUCCAUCCUUUGCAAUGUAAACCUCCUGGCAGUGUUAAUUUUAGUCGACUAACAUUUUUGAGAUUUAGUCGACUAAAAUACGACUAAAACUAAAAUGGCAUUUUAGUCAAAACACUACAACUAAAACUAAAUUGAAAUUUGCCGUCAAAAUUAACACUGCCUCCUAGGCUUAGGUACAGUAAAUUGAAUUUAGCAGCCACGUAGGCUAUUUUGAGGAAUAUUUGAAGGUUGCAAUAACCUGCAAAUGCAUAUACUGUGUGUGGAUAUCAUUUCUACAUGCGGAAAUUCAAUGUAUGCUUUGGUGGUAUUUCUGUGGUAUUUUCCCUUAUAAAUACCACAUAUAUAAGAACCAUUUUAUUUAUCAAGUUAUGUCACACCUGUAUGUGUCAAAUAUUCCUGUUUCUAGGCUAAUAUAUUUGACAAAAGUCAUGAUUUUAUGCUUUUUUCCUUGCAGGAUUACAGAGUAUUGUCCUCAGCAAGCACAGAGCAAGUGUGUCAUGACGAAGCAAUCAGCCCAUGGCAAACUCUGAGCACAAGGGCCACCCAACUGAUUGUUCCCCACAUUGACACCCAAGGGGGACCAUGGGGCCAUGUGGGGAACACAGCAAGUGCAUAACAAAGGUUGCCUGCUGAAGGGAAGCAGACCAGACAGCAGGCCAUGCUUGCCUCCUUUCCCUUUUAUGCUCCAACCCAUGUGGAGAGGCUGUAGGGUCCAGCAGGCCAGAAGUAGGUGCAGCGCACCUUGCGCUUACUGCGCGCCGUCUAAGAACAAAGGAACUAGACAGCAGCUGGAGAGGUAGUCAGGCACGUCCCUCACUCCCAGGACACUGAGGGACACUUGGCGCCCAGUAAGUGUGGCGCACUUAGCCCUCCCGGCACACCAUGACAGACAGUCAGAUCUGAAGCGUGUACGUUUUUGGCUUUGCUCCUCAUGUGGUGUUGUGCAUUAUGCAUUUACUGUGAGUGACAAUAAUGUUUUUUUUCACUGCUUCGGUGAACACUUGUGUCCUUGUGCUACUUUCAAGUCCAGUAUGGUUUAUUUUCUGUGCUCAAAACAUGCAGUUUCCUUACGUGGCAUCCUCCUAGAAUAUAUUUUCAUCUUCUGUUUGGAGUCCCACGUGUCCCGAGCCCAUUUUUAUAUUUAGAUAUAUAUUUUUUUAUAUUUUUACAUUUGUCUCAUACGAGGUUGACUUGCUUCAUUUUCUAGUGUGUCUGACUCUUUUUAGGCCAGUGAUGUAUUCAUUGUUUACAUCUAGAACUGUGGUGCAUCUGUUGUUUUUUGUUUGUUGUUUUAGGCAAUAAAUGAGAAAUUAAUAACAUGUUUGUUUUCUUUUUGUUUUUGAAUUGUAAAAUUAAAUGUUCAGUGUUUUGGUGAUCUGACAUGGCAGAAUGAGCAAGGGUUUCUUUAUAUGAAGAAUCUCUGUGCAAGGGAAGAAAUUGAAUAGUUGUACUAGAUACUAGAUCUGCAGCCAUUGCAAGGCAAAAUUUCAUAUAUCUCCAAAUUUUUACAGCACACUGUGUUUACUUUAGAAGUUAAUAUAUCUGCUCUGUUAUUUUAACUUUAAUUACACACAGGAGGCUGUUGAAGGUUCUAGCAGGCAAUAUGCAGAGGAGGAGAAAUAACUUCUAAAGUAAACACAAUGUUCUGUAACGUGAAACCUUUUUAUUGUGGAGACUAUGUGAGUUUUAGCCAGGAGAAUUGUGACCAGGGCUGGAUAAACAAAUUUGUUUAACUGGUGAAUAGCAGAGAAUUGAGCAGUGAGAUCACUAAUGAUUUACACCAGGGUUAGGUAACCAUUGUCACUCCAGAUGUUAUGAACCACAUCUCGCACAAGACAAAUGUGAUAACCAGUAUUUAUUACCUUCUAAUAUUUACCACCUGUUCAUGGGCGGUUAUAUAUUUAUUCAAGUGACAAGUUUGCAAUUCUUUCCAUGUGACUCUAUAAAAGGCAUGUAUCUGUCUUAACGUCCACCAGACCCAUUACUGUAAGAGUGCACUACAAUACUGCAUCUCCAUCUUUGUCCGUCUGCGGGAAGCCAUGAACAGUUGUAUCAAUUAUUGAUCUCAUUUUGGGUCACAUUUUGGGUUAUAUGAAUAUUUCACAUAGACCCCUGAUGGUGACAUCACUGCUUAGAGAGUUAUGUCCUGGGGAGCAGUGGAAGUGAGUUAUAAUUACCUAAUGCUGUUCACCAAGGGCUUCCCCAUGUUUUAAAUCUUCAACUCCUGGCGCUUCAUUCACCAGGAGCCCAUGUCACAUAUGCCAGAAAGUGCAACACUAAUGUCUAUUGAGGAUCCCACAAGAACGCAGAGGCUUCCAUAGAUAUCUUCUUGUGAUGAGAGGGACAAUGCAUUAAUGCCACGACCAAUGCUAGUGACAAAACUUGAUGAUGGUCGCUCUGCCUCUUGUCAAGUUUUGUCAAGUUAGAGAUUUACCUAAUUAAAUUUCAAUGAAAUCCCAACCCAGAUUUUAUAAAUAUUUCGUGCAGAUUUUUUUCUUUAUGAUCUAAACAUUUUUGGGGGGAGAGGUGGGGGUUCAUGGAAUUGCUUUACUUUUUGCUUUUUUUUUCCUAACCAGCAUUUUCGUAUCUACACCUUUCUUUAUUAAUUUUUCUGACUUUUUUUCUGUUUCUCCUUCUGCGAUUCACUGGGUGACCUGGGUUAUCCUUUAACUUAACUGAAUUGUGAUGUCAAUUACUAAAUCUUUAAGUACAUUUAAAAGAAAAGAGAUCAUUAAUAAAAGUUGUAGGUGAAUUUCAACGUUGUAAUUUCCAGACAAGUGACAAUUCUUCUUUAACUUGCUCCAUAUCAUUUUACAGAUAUUCAGCUUAUAAUGUACAGGCCACCAAGUUCAUUAUCCUUAUGUAGGUAUGCGGUGUCACAGUACGAAGCACGUGUUGAUUAUCAGUCUAUAGAAACUAAAUACCAAUAUAUAAUCUCCUGUGUUUGCUUUCCCACCCCUUCUGUCCAAUGUAUCAUGUCAGCUGCUGUGUUCAGACUUAUGACCUUGGCGUUUACAGUUGGCUGACAUCAGCAUACUCUGCGAACAACCUAUAAACCUUCAUAGCUAGUAAAAUGAUCGAAGAGUUAUGACAGCCUGCCAUAAAACUAAUUAUUUUAUAGACUCUUUGAUAUUUAUUAUCUUGUAAAAUAUUUCACAUUGAGAGUAAGGACAUCUUUCAGAAAAUGCAUGUCGAUUCUAUUUUCCAUCAAACUAUUUUUGUCCUUUUUUUAUAUGGGGGUUUUGUGGUGUUAUAUGUCCAUUUUCCCGACCAAUGAAGGAGCUUCUGUCCGUGAAACCUCCCGUCUUUUAUUAUGUCUUGUUUGUCACAAUCAGUUAUUCUUAAUUUCAGCAUUGUGUGCAUAGCGCCUGCUUUAUAAAGAAAUGAGGACUAUUAUGGAGUUAGUGGUGUUCCAUCAUUAGGUUCGUCGGAGUUCACUAUACCUUCUCAACCCUCUUGUUUUUUUUUCCUGUUCGUGAAUUUAAUGCAAUCCAGCAGUAUACAUUGUUCAUAUGUGCUGUUGCUUACAUGAAAGCUAAAACACGUUAUUAUGGAAAUGUUUUUAGGUUAAUCCUCGAUUUAAUAUUUUUGGAUAAACCUUUCUUUUUUUUCCCCUCCAAAAUAUGAAAAUCAGUUAAGUAAAACUUACCUUUCUCUGCACCCCACAGCUACCACACUGCCAGCGGCAAAGUCACCAUCGAGGGUCUUUGUAAAAAUAUGCAAAGACCCCAGCAGUUGAAAGAGCCACUUUAAGCAAAUGAUCUCUUUUAAAAUACAUUGCUGUUGUCCGGAAGUGACUCUUUAAAUGGUCUGUUUUCUCUAUUCAAGAAUAAAUGCCCUAACGGUGAUGCCCCACUGUUGCUUUUUUUUUUUCUUCUUUGUUUGGUUGGUUUUCUAGAGGUAGUUUACGUUUUAUGUAGUUUACACAUUUAAUGGUGUAGUAAAAUGUUUAUUUUGAGAUUAUCAUCUCUUGAGUUAAAUAAGGUCUAAACAGAAUUUCACAGAGGUUAAACCAAAGAACAACAGAUGUUAACCUAUAAAACUGUUAGUACUACUAUGCUUCACAUUUGUUUAAAGAUUACAGGUCCCAGGAAUGGUUUGUUUAACUUUAAAAAUACAGACAUGAUUAUGGUAUAUGAUGGCAUAAAUGAAGCCUGCAGACACAUCCUUACUUUUUAUGAUUUUUUUUUUGUCUUGACCCUCAUCAUAUUGAUGGCUUAAUAGCCUGACGUGGCUGAGUUUGGUCAAUGCAUGUGCAACUCGAAAUGUGAAGACGUUUUGAACCCUCUAUGUCUGCUUCCUUUCUGAGAAGUGGCAGAAAAUAAAAUAAUCUAAACACUUGAGGACUGUGGGUAUAGACACAGGAGCAAUUCAUCGAGGGAGGUGCCCAGCAGACUGGUUGACUGGACAUGAGAAGUCUUAUUUAUCCCUAUACACCUGGGUUUAGAACCAUCCUUUAAGUCAACAUACCUCCCAACACUGAGAUGGGGGCGUCACUAGUGACUCAACUCUCAUCACUGGAGACAGUAGCCUUUCUGUAUGGCCCCCAGCCUGUACAGUACUCCCUGCUUGAUCCUAUUGUCUGUGCACAGUGCAUGCACAUGAGGAGAGUUUCCUAGUGGCCCCGGUCAGGGCCGCCACCAGAAAUUUUGGGGCCCCUGACAAAGUACACGGUCUGCCCCCUUCCUCCCCUGCCCGCACACUCCCCCCCCGCCCGGCUCGCCCAAGAGUCCGCCGACAAUGAUGCAGGACUGAAUGUGGUGUUUAUAGUGGAAGUGAAUUAGAAUGUGUGUAAUGGAUGUAGUGUUUGUGUGUAUUAGAUACUGUUUGUGCAGUGAAUGCAGUGUGUAUAGUGAACGCAGAAUGUGUUUGAGUAGUGGAUUUAGUGUGUGUUUGUGUAGUGGAUGUAGUCUAUGUGUGUACUAGAUGCAAUGUGUUUAGUGGAUGCAGUGUCUGUAGUGGAUGUAGUGUGUGUAUUAGACGCAGUGUCUCUGUAUAGUGAAUGCAGAGUGUUUGAAUGUGUGAUGGAUGUAGUGUGUGUACUGUGAAUACAGCAUGUUUGUGUAGUGGAUGCUGUGUGCAUAGUUUUUGCAGAGUGUGUGUCAGUGUAGUGGAUGCAGAGUGUGUGUCAGUGGAGUGGAUGCAGAGUGUGGGUUAGUGGAGUGGAUGCAGAGUGUGUGUUAGAGUAAUGAAUGCAGAGUGUGUGUCAGUGUAGUGAAUGCAGAGUGUGUGUGUUAGUGUAGUGAAUGCAGGGUGUGUGUUAGUGUAGUGAAUGCAGAGUGUGUGUCAGUGUAAUGAAUGCAGAGUGUGUGUUAGGGUAGUGAAUGCAGUGUGUCUUAGUGCAGUGAAUGCAGAGUGUGUGUUAGUGUAAUGAAUGCAGUGUGUGUGUUAGCUCAGUGAAUGCAGUGUGUGUGUUAGUGCAGUGAAUGCAGUGUGUGUGUUGGUGUAAUAAAUGCAGAGUGUGUGUCAGUGUAGUGAAUGCAGAGUGUGUGUUAGUGUAAUGAAUGCAGAGUGUGUGUUAGUGUAAUGAAUGCAGAGUGUGUGUCAGUGUAGUGAAUGCAGAGUGUGUGUCAGUGUAAUGAAUGCAGUGUGUGUGUUAGUGCAGUGAAUGCAGAGUGCGUGUUAGUGUAAUAAAUGCAGUGUGUGUCAGUGUAAUACAAAAUAAUAAUAUACACGCUGUGAAAGACAAAUAAGUAGCUCUAAAACACCUAAAAAAAGUGGUAUCCCUUACACCACUAAAAACAUAAUAUAAUACAUACAGAGUUAUAGGUGGAGCUGUGGAGUAUCUUGAACAAUCUGGAAAAUAGAAUAUAUGCAAAUAGCGUAGUAUAUCUAUACAAUAUAUAGCAUAUAAAAAAUGAGAAUAAAAGCACUCACAAGGAUAGAGUCAUACCGUCAUAUGACUCUUAAAGUAUGUUCUCUUGGACCAUUAGGGGGUUGUCCAAACCCUUGUUUUGUUGAUUGCUUGUUAUUUCUCCUGAUGGUCUUCAAAAAAGAUGCUCAGUAUGCCAAGAAUCUUGGAAAAUAAUUCUUGUUUAUUUGUAGAUAAAAUAACAAAAUGGCAAUAUACUAAACCAAUAUAUAUUGGGUGUAGAUAUAGUCCAAUAAAAAGUCUAUCAAAGUUGAAAAUGAGUGUCCAAAACGCGUUUCGCCUGAUUAACAGGCUUCCUCAGUUGGCUCUAAUGUUUCUUCCAAAGUUUUCUUUGUUUGAAAAUGUCGCCGGCCGGCUGUAUCUUCUUUUAUAUGGCACUUCCUGAUUCCGUCUGGUGGAACGCAACGUGCGCUCCACCUACGACACCAACUUCCGGUACGCACCGCAAGUGGAACGCACGUGCGCCCCAACUCCGUGCGCACACCGGAACUUCAGCACCAACUUCCGGGUGGAGCGCCCGUGCGCCCCAACCCGGCGCCAACCUCCGCAAUGCACCACAAGUGGAACGCACGUGCGCUCCAACUUCAAGCAGCAAGUUCACUUCCGGGUCUCUCUAUACUUCCGGGUCACACUCAGGUGGAACGCACGUGCGCUCCACUCCCAGCCUCACAUCAGGUGGCCAAAUGUAAACAUAAAAAAUGGCGUUCUGCCUGUAUUUACACCAAUAGAGUGUGACAUAUAGAAUUAUAAGUGCUAUGUCUUAAAUAAAAAUAAUAUAAAAAAUCAGAUAUUAUGGAAAAGAGUAAAAAUCAAAUUUGAUGAGAAGGAAUAAAAACUAAUACUAUUAGUUUUAGAAGAUUGCUAUCACAAUCUUAAAGGGGCAGAAUGUCAUUUUUAGAAAUUUUAUAAAAAUACACAGUAAAAACUGAAUAAAAUACAUAUAAUGCCCAAUAGUAAAAGAAACACAAAAAUAGUAUGUAAGUGUAUAAAAAGAUGCCUAAAAACUUCCAUAAAAUAAUAUGAAACCAAGAUAGGCUAAAACUAAUGCAUAAAGUGGCAUAAUUCAAAAUCAUUGUUCAGACCGUUUGGAAUCAUAGUGUCAAAAUUGAAUAUGAACUUCAUCUCUUCCUUUCCUAUUUUGUUUACAUAAUCACCACCUCUCCAAUCUUUUUUUACUAAUUUUAAAGCACAAAAAAACAUUCCUUCUGGAUUUUGUUGGUGAACAUGUUUAAAAUGAUUUGAAACACUAUGGGUUUCGACUCCAUUUUUGAUGUUUCUUAUAUGUUCCGCUAUUCUUAAAUUCAAUUUACGAAUUGUACGGCCUACAUAUAAAAGAUUGCAGGGACAUUUUAAAAUAUAGAUCACUCCCUUCGAAUGGCAUGUUAGAUGAUCUCUAAUGGUAAAUUUCUUGUUGAUAAUGGAUUCUAGGUCUGUUAGGUGUCUUUUUUUUAUUCUUUGUAUUUUUACAUGCUAGACACUGUCCGCAUCCGUAAAAUCCUUUACCUAUUGUAAGGAAGGUUUGUCCUACUGUUUGUUCUUUGUUACUACUUUUAACUAAAGUGUUUCUCAAGUUUUUUACACCUCUAAAGAUGACUUUUGGUUUUUCUGGUAAUAUAUUUUUAAGAAUAGGGUCAUCUUUUAGUAUAUGCCAAUGUUUUCCUAUGAUUUUAUGCAUUUUCCUACUGUUGCCAUGGUAGUUGCAUAUGAAGGGGAUGUCUUGUUUCUUGAUUAAAUCUUUCUUUUUCUGUUUAUAUUUUAGAAGGUCUGUUCUUUGUAUUUCUUGAACCUCAUUUAUAGCUAAUUGGAGGGAAACAUCGUCAUAGGAAAACAUUGGCAUAUACUAAAAGAUGACCCUAUUCUUAAAAUAGAUGGUGUGCGUGCCGCGUGGAGCGUUGCCAUGGUUUGCAACGCUCUAACGGCCACACGUCUCGCGGGAGUUAUGGAGACGGAAGAUCUGUAAAGUGCUCCUGCAGUCCGCUGGGCCCAAUCUGCAAAUACAGGAGGUUAGGGGGGGGGGGGAAUGGCUGCACAUAUAUAUAGUGGACUGCCGGGCCUGUGUUGUCAACCCCUGAUGGUGGCCCUGGCCCCGGUGAUUAUCUAAAAUGUCAAGGUUAACAGUUGGGUGAGGUUGAAGGCCUUUGUACUUUUCCAAGUGCAUAAAUUAAUAUCUUGUGCACUAGAUUCCGUUAUCAUACAUGAGGCUAUUAAUUCAUAAAUUGCAGAGUAUCAAGAAAAACGUCAACAAGAUUAUACUGCCAGGCAGGAACUACCGUUAAUAACCCAGUGGCUCCUUGAUAUGUAUUGCUCAGGGCAGAACCUGAGAAUCCUGAGAGUGUAGCUCAAAUGCAGAAACAUCAGCGAUGCAUAUCUAUUUUUUUAUCCUUUUGUUUUAAUUGCUUUAUUGUACUUAAGGCAUGAUUUAUGUAUUUAACGUACUGCUGCCGUGAAUAAAGUCAAAGCAUUCUUCUAGCAAGUUGGAUCCCAUUAUAGCAGUAUCCAAGAGGAUGUCAGGGCUAUUCAAUAAGGAAUUGAAGUAAGGAUUCAAGGUGAAUUUAAAGUGAAUUUAAAAUUUCAGGUCAAAUUAGCAAACCUGUAAAAAUUCUUUAAAUCAGCUAUGAUUUCAAGUUGGCUACUUUGGCCUGAAAUUUGGAAUACACUUUAAAUUCACUUUUAAUUCUCACUUUAGUAAAUAACCCUGAAAUAGUCCUGACUCCUGCUAGAACCAUACUUCAAUGCUAGGUGCCAUUUGGGACCCAAUUAGGCUUAACCAGGACCUCAAGUCCUUUUUCUAUUAAAGGGAUCUUAUAGUGCCAGGAAAACCAACCUGUUUUCCUGGCACUAUAGUCUCUUUAAGAGUCUCCCUCCCUUGGGGCCUCCUUCCCUGGGCACUGGUGACCUCUCCUCCCCAGCCAAUGGCAGCUCUCGAGUGGAGCCAAAUGCGCAUGCACGGCCAAACCUGCCUAUAGGAAAGUAUUACUCAAUGAUUUCCUAUGGGGAUCUUAUUUGACGCUGGACUCCAUGAGGACAUCCAGCGUCAGAUAAGUGCAAUUUGCUCAGUGUAAAUCGUGGAAGCGGCCUCUAGUGGCUGUCAGGGAGAAAGCCACUAGAGGCUGGAUUAACCCUGCAGUGUAAACAUAGCAGUUUCUCAGGGUUAAAACUAUGGGGACCUGGAACCCAGACAACUUCAUUGAGCUGAAGUGGUCUGGGUGCCUAUAGGGGUCCUUUAAUGAUAGGUUAUAAACUGCAGCUUUUCCCAAAGAUCUUUCUCUCAACUCAAAGCGGAUUUCAAAUUUAGGGCAAGAGCAGCUGAAAUAACACAGCUGAUGUAGUGAUGGUGGAAUUACUGUAACACCUGGAAUUGGGUAUCACCAGGGAUUCUCGUCAUUUUUUGUAGUCAUUUCGGAGUUAAAGGAAAAUGUUAAAGAAGCAUUCCUAAGAGUACAAGCGAGGCAUAUAUACAACAAAGGAAAUUUAAUAUAUGCUCUGGAUAUGCACUUCUUUAAAAAGCAGUAUUUAUUUUAAUAAUUAUCCUCCAUAAACAUACUUUACCUUAUCGGAAUAAUAUUAUUUUAUCUUAUUCAAACUAAUGAAAUUACAUUUAGGAUAAAGUUACAUAAGAAAGCCAUUAUCUGUGUGUAUUAGUGCUUGGAAGUAGAUUUCUCUGUAAAUAUUAGAUUCCUGGGAAAGGGGGGUGAAUGGGUGUAAAGUUCGGUAAAUGAUUUUUAAAGGAACAACCCAGACUCCUAAAUCACUUAGCUUGAUAAAGUGCUCUGUGAGUGAAGAGAGUGUCCUCCUUUUUUAUUCAUUUUAUAAAAAGUGCAGAUUUCAAUGGAAAUUGGCACUGGGUCCACUGCCAUGGCUGUCAAUCAGACAACUGAUACUGCUGCUUGUCCUGGUUGUUUAGGUCAGUGUAGCUAAAGACUUCUCAUUGAGCUGCAUUGGGAAGUCUGUGAUUGGACAGUCACACAAAAUCUGGGCGGGGUUAGAAAACUGCAAAACUGCAGACAAGAGAUCUGCAGCUUUUGAAAGCUGUUCCUAGGUAAACCCCCCCAAUGAAAAAAAUGCAUAAUCAAAUGCAUGCAUGUUUUCAUUAGGGGGAUAUUCACUAAACAGUGCUUUUUGUUUUAUUUUUCCUUAACCCCUUAAGGACGGAGCCAAAUGUACACGUUGUGAACAAAACAAAAUGUAAACAAAACCUGGCAUUUGCGCUACAUGUCUGUCCAACCGUAAUUCAAAUCUUUCAUAUUAACUGCACCCACCCUUAUUAUAUAUCAUUUUAUUCAGGGGAAACAGGGCUUUCAUUUAAUAUCAAAUAUUUAGCUAUGAAACAUAAUUUAAUCUGAAAAAAUUGGGAGAAAAUAAGAUUUUUUUAGAUUUUUUUAGUUUUAACGGUCAAUGUCAUAAUACUGUUUGCUUUUACUGCAAUUAAAUACACAUAUUUGUAUUCAGCACGUGUAAGACAGUACCCCCUAUGUACAGGUUUUAUGGCGUUUUGGGAAGUUACAGGGUGAAAUAUAGCAUGUUUCAUUUGAAACUGAAAUUCGCCAGAUUGGUUACGUUGCCUUUGGGACUGUAUAGAAGCCCAGGAAUGAAAUUUACACCCAUAAUGGAAUACCAUUUGCAAUAGUAGACAACCCAAGGUAUUGCAAAUGGGGUAUGCCCAGUCUUUUUAAGUAGCCAUUUGGUCACAAACACUGGCCAAAGUUAGCGUUAGUAUUUGUUUGUGUGUGAAAAAUGCAAAAAACGCAAAUUUUGGCCAGUGUUUGUGACUAAGUGGCUACUAAAAAAGACUGGACAUACCCCGUUUGCAAUACCUUGGGUUGUCUACUAUUGCACAUGGUAUGCCAUCAUAGGGGUAUUUUUCAAUCUUGGGCUACCAUAGGGUCUCAAAGGCAACCUAACCAAUCUGGCGAAUUUUAAUGUGAAAAAAAUGAAACGCAAGCCUUAUAUUUGACGCUGUAACUUUUGAAAACACCAUAAAACCUGUACAUGAGGGGUACUGUUGUACUCGGGAGACUUCGCUGAACACAAAUAUUUGUGUUUCAAAACAGUAGAAUGUAUUGCAGCAAUAAUAUUGUCCGUGUAAGUGCUGUUUGUGCGUGAAAAAUGCAAAAAACGUAACUUUUACUGGCGAUAUCAUCGUUGUAAUACAUUUUACUGUUUUGAAACACUAAUAUUUAUUUUCAGCGAAGUCUCCCGAGUAGAACAGUACCCCCCAUGUACAGGCUUUAUGGUGUCUUGGAAAGUUAUAGGGUUAAAUAUAGUGCUAGCAAAUUAAAUUCCCUUUACUUUUGGCAUGGGUUGUCAGGCAGGUCCCGCUAAUUGCAAUUAAUUAAGAUACCUAAUUAUGUAAAAAUAAUAUAUAUGUAGAAUUAAUAUAUGUAUAUAUAUCUGUAUGUGUAUAUAUAUGUAUAUAUCUAUAUAAUUUUUUUAAAAUAUUUUUAUUUAUAUAUAGGUAUAUAUAUAGUGAUAUAUACGUAUAUAUUUAUUUAUAUAGAUAUAUAUAUAUUAUUUCGUUCUAAGUGUAUUUUGAUAUAUAUAUAUAUAUUAAUUUCACAAUACAGUUAGAACGAAAUAACACACAUCUAUAUAUUUUUUAAUUAUUUAUUUUUAAUAAUUUUUUAAUUUAAUUUUUUAACGUAUUUACAUAUUUUUUUUAUACUAUAUAUAAAUAUAUAUAUAACAAUAAUUAUAUAUAUAUUUAAUCAGUAUCAGUCUACGUGUAAUUUGAUAUUAAUAUAUAUAUAUAUAAUUAUAUAUAUAUUAAUAGUAAAAUACACCUAAACAGUGUACGUGUGUGUAUGUAUAUGUGUAUUUUAUUAUUUUUAUUAUUUUUUUUUACACUUUUUAAUUUAUGUGAUUUUAUUUCCAGCCAGCAGGGGGACCACCUGUCAUUACAGGCAGUCCCCCUGCUGGCAAUGCUGCAGCCAGCUACCCCCGGCCAUGUGAUUGUGGGGUCCUCGCAAGGACAUCACUCGCACAUGGCCUGGGGGCUUCCAGGGGGUCGGACGUGCCGCGGGGGGCUCCCUGGGAGUCCCCCCAACCGCGAUCGCCGGCGUGGGAUCGCCGGCGACCAGGUAAGUAGGAAAAGACCGGAGGGCGUACUAUUACGUUUAGAGCCGCUUAGAAUAGGGCGUAAUAGUAUGCCCUCCGGUCUUAAGGGGUUAAGAAUAAAGAAGCUGUUGUUUUUUAUUGAGACUAUUUCUGAAAUUAAUCCAUUGGGUUUAUAAUGUAUGUUAACUGUUUUAUUACAAUUAAAACCUGGGUGGUGCAAUCUCUGGGUAACUUGCAGGAGGGGAGCAAACUGCAUAGCACGCCCCCACGUGCCACUCGCUGCAUGUAGCAUGACCGAGUGGACUGCAGUGGAACGAUCUUCUGUAUCCUCCACCUGGUCUGAUAGGAAGUGCUCACUGAGAGCAAUGAGCAGCUUCCUGUCAGAUUAGGUACAGGACACAGAAGAUGCUCCACCAUGGUAAAGAAGUAAACAGAUGGGAGGAGAUCACAAAAGGAAGGGACGGUCAGACAAAGAGACACAUAGAAGGACUGGGGGGACAAAGAGACUCACAAAGGGCUGGAGGGAUGGACAAAGAGACACACAGAGGGGAUGGGGGACAAAGAGACACACUGAAGCGCUGAGUGGGCAAAGACGCACAGAGGGCUGAUGGGACAAAGAGAUAUACAGAGGGACAGGGUGGUGGAAAGAGACACAAAGAAGGGCUGAGUGGACAAAGAGAAACACAAAAUGGCUUAGUGGACAAAGAGACACACAGAGAGCUGGGGAGGACAAAGAUACACAGAAGGGCUGAGUGUGGCAAAGAGACACACAGAGCGCCGUGGGGGAGAGACACACAGAGGGGCUGGGGAGGACAAAACGAUAUACAGAGGGACUGGGGAAGGGGAGAAAGGAGUUUGGGGGAGAGACACAAAGAUGGGCUAGGGGGAGAAAGAGUCACAAAAAUGGUCUGUAGGAUAGAAACACACAGAGGGGCUGGGGAAGGGGAAAAAGAGACACACAAAGCACACGCAGUUAGACAUCUUUGUUUGGGGAGGGUACAAGUAGCUUGUCUUGCCUAUUGUGCAAAAUAGUCUAGCACCAACCCUGAUCCCACCCCAUAUCUAAUUACCACCAAUUUCAUAGUAAGGAUAAAAGUUCUAAAAGUUUCUGGAGAUCAAAUAUAAUGGUGUGAAAAUAUAUUUAACUAAGCGCAUGAGGAAAAACACUUGGAAUUAGUCCAGUCUGGCCACUGUCGUGUUUAUCUUUUUUUAUCGCCUUAGCCUUUGACUUGUUGGAAAGUUAUCCAAGAAUUUUGUUCCUGUUGUGCGUGCCACGAACACACACUAUUACAAGCAUGCUGGAAACUUAGUUCUGGCAGUGAAUGGGUUAAAAAUCAUUAUAUGUCUCCCCCAGACCAAACAUAAUGAUAAACAAGACCUUCAACACUAACCCCACUUAACUCUAAUGUCAAAAGCUGCCACCACCAGGACAAAUUAGAAAUGGGGUUGCCUUGGUCCCCCAAGCAAAUUAGAUUAACAACCCAUGAAACGCACAACAUUUUAAAAUAUUAAUAAAUUGAUCUCUUUGGGUAACUGAAUUCUUUACCAGACAAAGGUAGAACUUAAUAAGGGAAUAUUUAUUAUUAUUAAAAAAAAAUAAUCACAGUGCAUACAAAGAAAAUGAGAUGGCAAAAAAAAAAUCAUUAACAUAAGCAGCAGUUAAAACUUAGAUGUAAGGGGAAGAGCCAACUGUGGAACUGAGCGGAUUCACUUUCUUGGGCUCUGGCCUUCGGGACCCUAAAACUUGUGAUAGUGGCACAGAACCACUGGGAGCAACACCCAAGCCACCCUCCAGCAACGAGCCAGUCACGGCAACCCAUGCUGGCUGAAUUGUGGACCAACAUUGUGACCAAUAUGGCCUUCUUCAGAAAAAAGCCAUCUAAGAGCUCCAAACUCAGCAAAUGGCUACCAACAACACGGUGGAUACCCUAGAAGAUCAACAGAGACAUUAUAACUUAAAGGUUCGGGGCAUCUCAGACUCAGUGGGGCUCAUGGACUUAUCUCACUAUGUCCGAUGGUUCCUCAACGUAUUGUUACCCCCAAAACAGGCCAAAGCAGUGAAGCUCGAUGUUCCACCUGCCGAAGCCAGCAAGAGCCCCAGCAGCAGCACACACAGCCCUCAUUAUUCCAAUCCUGACAGAAAAAGCACUCCUCAUGGCUGCUGCUCGAAGAAAGACCCCUUUAAGUUUUCAAGGCUCCACAAUUUCCCUGUAUCCAGACCUCACAAGGGCUACCAUUAGCUGGCGCAAAACACUGCAACCGUUACUGCAUCUCCUCUGAUUCAAGAACAUCCCAUACAGAUGGGGAAUGCCUAAAAUGCUAUCCUUCACACAUCUUGGAACCCUAUAUAAGGCAUGGAGCUUGGACAAACUUGAAGCACAUCUACGCACAACAGGCCUCGUGGAACCACAGAGGGAAGAAAAAUCAAGCCUGUCACGCUUAGACCCCACAAGAUCUGUUUGGGGAGUGGGAUAAAAACCUAUUUUGAAAUAGGUUUUUGUUACAAACCAUAAAUUUGCUAGAAAAACUGCUAGAACAAUCUAUAGACCACAUCAUUGCUCUUUCACAAACCGAGUACAUGUAUCUUUUAAGGUGGAGUUUUCACGGUUUCUCUUUUGUCUUGAAUCUAUUUCUAGAUAUGGACAUACUAUAACUCCCUUCUGUAUAGUUUACAACUUCGCUACUAAUGACAGUUUCAGUAGUUAGCAAUACGCUGUUAUUUAUUAACUUAAAUUUCAUUUUUAGUGCACUUAUACAUGUUUGGGAGUUCAGAAUUAUAAAUAAUUCAUGAUGAAUUGUAUUCGAAACCAAACUAUUAUAAAUUAUAAUAUAUUAUAUAAUAUAUAAAAUAUUGCCCGCUUUAAAAUCUACAUAUGCAUCGUUUGUGUCGUUUUCUUUAUACUCAACACCAACUUUAAAUGUGGGAAAACUAUUUAGAUAAAUUGACUUCAUUUAAAAUAAAAAACAGUCUCCGCAUGUUUCUGUGUAUGGUUGGGUUUUCCGUCUGCUAUAGAUUCUUAAUUCUGCAGGCAAACUGACUUCAUCAGUUCCAACUUCAAAUGUGUUCACCUUGUUGGCAGCAAGUCUCACAGAAAACGCGUUAUGAUGCGCUGGACUUAUAACAAUUUUGAAAAAAUAUUUUAUUGAAGUAAAUGUUGUUUGAAAAGGGACACUAUAGUCACCAUAACUACUACAAAUUAACCCCUUAAGGACAGGCCUGUUUUUGCGAUGUUGUACGUUAAGGAGCAGAGCGGUUUUAACACUUUUGUGGUGUUUGUGUUUAGCUGUAAUUUUCCUCACUCUCAUUUACGGUUCCCAUACAAGUUAUAUAUUGUUUUUUUCAGGACAAGAAGGGCUUUCUUUACAUACCAUUUUUUGUAUCAUGUCAUAUAUUAAUAUCAAAAUAACGUUAGAAUAAAAUUACAUAUAUAUUUAUAAAUUUUUUUAAAAUAAUUUUAAAUGUUUUACCUUUUUUAUUUUUAUUUACUUAUUAGUUAUAUUUUAUAAUAUAUAUACAAUAUAUAUAAUUAUAUAUAUAUACAUGUGUAAUUUAAUUACACGUGUAUUUUUAUAUUAAUAUAAAUAUAUAUAUAAAUAGAAAAAUACACUUAGUAUGACAUUAUAUAUAUGAUAUAUAUAUACAUAUAUUAUAUAUAUACACAUAUACAUAUACAUAUACAUACAUAUACAUAUAUUAUAUAUAUACACAUAUUAUUAUUUUUUACACUGACUGAUUUUUUUUUAACUUUAUUUUUGAUUUUACACUUGCAGGGAGACUGCCAGUCAGCACAGACAGUCCCCACAGGCACCUAUUGCGGUCAUGUGAUCGAGCGAUCACGUGGCCGCGUGGUCCUCAUCUGCCAGGGGGAGACUGUCUGGGCAGACAGGCAGUCCCCCUGGACCGGUGAAACGCCAAGUACCCCCAGACCGGUCCUCAAGGUGAUGUUUCCGAUGACGGUCCUGAACCGUCAUCGGUCAUCAAGGGGUUAAUGUAGUAGUUCUGGUGUCGAUGGCCUUUCCUUGCAGUUUUAGCCAUGCAAAAGCUGCCUUGUCAGAGAAAAGGCAGGGUUUACAUUGCUGGAUAGUACCUCUAGCUGCAGUCACUCAGACGGCCACUAGAGGUGCUUCCUAUAUCAGUGCUGCAUUGUGUGCAGCAAUAGUGUUCAGAGUCUCCACACUCUGCAUGGAGACACUGAACGCUCCCCAUAGAUGUGCUGAUUGGUGCAGCAUUGCAUUUUGACUUGCAUUCGCAAUUCCUAUGGGAAAGAAUUGGAUUGGCUGAGACCGUCAACAUUCAUGGCGAUCAUUCAUGGCCAGCCACAGCAAGACCAGCGCAGCAAUGGAGAAAAGGUAAGUAAGCUACCUUUUUUCUCUAUUCUGGGGGGACACCUAAAUAUGUAGUCCAGCACUAUAGUUUUCCUUUAAGAUUAUGUUUAUGGGAAAAAGUCUACUAACAGAACAUUAAGCUAAUAUCUGUGUGUUAUCAUAAAGCCAUGUACAGAAAAUACAAUUAAGCAAAGCAUAUACUAUAUCAAAAACGUUCAGCCUGCAAUAGCAGUCUGCUAAAAAGCUUGUAGUGUGCUCAAUGUACUCAGCGCUCUACUUCCCAAUGGUCACUAACAAAAACAACCUGCAGUUUAACUUCCAAAUGAUUCUAUAGCAUGGGAGACGAGAGGGGCGUGGAGACAACAAUAACGGUUUCUCUGCCAGGUCAAGGCCAGCGCUGAAACAGAGAGGAAGAUAAGGCUAAAUGGGCUAAAUUUAGUUUUUCGUUGCUCUGCAAUGCCUAUUGAAAGUCGGCCCACGUAUGCAUGGUGGGAGGGAAGUGGUUAAAGGAAAGUUUAUUGACACAUUUAAACUCUUUACCAUAAUCUGGUGUACAUAAGUAAAUACGAGAUACUGUACUUUGGUAUUUUGUUAUUGACUAGCUAUCUUAGUACUGUGCUUUGGACCUUUCACCCAUUAUCUCUCCGUGACGAGCAGCAUGAUGAUAUUAAUUGCAAUAAAUGUCUUCUGACUUUCUGUUAGUCCUGAAGAUAGCAAGCCCUGCAUGAUUAAUCCCUAAGUAUGUUCUGGUAGAUGGAAUUUUCCCAAAAAGUUGGGCCCAGUCACCUGGAUAUAAACUAUCAGACGUGAUUGGUGAUCUCAACCAAGUAAUCAGAUUAACUGAAAGUGUAUCCUGUUUGAUUUGGGAAAGUUCCAUCCCAUUGUAUGUUAUAUACUCUAUUCACACAUUCUGUAGGCAGCCCCAGUGGGGAACCUUCUUUGAGAGUCAUUCAAUUAUCUACUUGUUGUCUAAGCAAUGUUUGUGGGGUUUGAGAACAUUCAUCCACCUGCUGUCCAAUGAUAACUGUGGGUUUAUCCCACAGCAUGCUCUAAAAGAUUAUUUGACAGGGGGUUCCACAUGUACCCCUUCAACAGGUUACAUAGUUACAUAGUUACAUAGUUGAAAAGAGACUUUCCUCCAUCAAGUCGAGCCUUCCUCACAAAUGUUUUUGUUGUUGAUCCAAAAGAAGUAAAAAAAAAACAGUCUGAAGUGCUUCCAAUUUUUCAACAAACUAGGAACAAAUUCCUUCUUGACCCCAAUAAAGCAGUCAGAUGUCUCCUUGGAUCAAGCAGCUAUUUCCCCACUAAUUAGAAAUGAUAUCCCUGUAUGUUAUGUUUUUGCAAGUAUUUAUCAAAUUGCAGUUUAAACAGCUGUAUGGACUCUGACAAAACCACCUCUUCAGGCAGAGAAUUCCAUAUCCGUAUUGCUCUUACUGUAAAAAAGCCUUUUCUUUGCCUUAGAUGAAAUCUCCUUUCUUCCAGCCUAAAUGUGUGAUGUUGUAUCCUAUGUAUAACCCUGUUUAUGAAUAGGUUUCCAGAUAAUGGUUUGUACUGGCCCAGAAUAUAUUUGUAUAACCAUAUCCCCUGUCAGGUGCCGUUUUUCCAAACUAAAGAGAUUUACAUUUUUUAACCUUUCUUCAUAGCUAAAAUGCUCCAUUCCUUUUAUCAAUUUUGUAGCUCGUAUCUGCACUUUUUCUAAUGCCAUGAUAUCCUUCUUUAGAACACCUGCCCAAAAUUGCACAGCAUAUUCAAGGUGUGGUCUUACCAGCGAUUUAUCAAGAGGCAAAAUGAUAUUUUCAUCCCGAGAAUUUAUGCCCCUAUUUAUACAUGGUUAGUCGAUAACCCAUGAGAUUGCAACAUCUCGGUCAUAAAGUAUUCAUUUUAAUGGCAGCUCUUGAGAUGUGUGAAAGAGUUAUCUUGAAACACGCACCUUUUUCAACUUAUAUGACAUUGUCAUUUUGAUCUUACAGGGAAGAGUAAAACUAUAAAACAUAACUACUUAUUCAUAGCUUUAUAUUGCUCUUCUAAUUUAUGGCUUUACUUUUCAUACUUGGUUUGUUUUACUGAAUAACACUGUCUGUUAGCCUCAAGAACAGACUAGAACAUUAACACACGGGUUAAAAAACAGGAUUUACUCCUUCCGUUUCUCAUUGUGAAGAAAAUAGACUUUUACCUGUUAUUUUCUCCUUUUUAUUCGGUAUUUUUUUUAUAUGUGAAUAUUUGUAUUGAAUGGAUUGGUUCGGUAGUUUGAAACUACCGAACGCCGACCACCCUCCUGGCUCAUUUACUUCAAAGAAAACUAGCUAUUAAGUGCUCCCUGGGCGGCCGCUGUUCGUAUAACCGAACGCCACGUGGAAAAGAAAACGGCGGCCAUCUUGUUCGCACGAGGAGAGCCAGCGGGACUUGGUCGUCGAGUGUCUGGAACUAAAAUCGAACACAACCUCACGAACUACCGCUGGAAACUACCGAACGCCGGCUUCUCAUACUUCCAGAACAGCCAGGAAAGCCGCAUUCGGUAGUUCUGUGCGAAAGGACAAGGAGAGCAAUCGCUACUAUGAACCAGGGGAAUCCAUUCAGGACUUUUAUUCUUUUUUUUCAGUUUUGUGAAUUGACCUACCGCACACACUGAAUUCAUGGAACUGUUUUGGGCAGGAGCCGCAUGUGUGGUCGGUAAAAGGGACCCUCCACACUUUUCCAGAACCCCUGAACCGAUCUGGGUGAAAUUUGGAUAUGUUUGUCCCCCAGAUCGGGGCUAUCAGGGGAUAUGUAAUUGUGGGGAUACCUUGUGGGGAAAGGGGUGUUCUAAGUUUUGGGGAAAUUAUGUGCUCUCUGCCUGGAGAUAAUUGAUUUAUUCCUUAACUUAUCUCAAUAUCUCCCAGGCAGAGAGGAGGCAUGUAAUACUGUAAAUCUGUGUGAUGAUUGGCUGUUGUCUUUGUUUGCUGUGGGAGGUCCUCUUGCAGGAGGAUUUCUCAUAAAAGCCUGUGUGUUUCAAUAAAGAUCAUUCCUGAUACACCCUUCAUGAAGUCUAGGCUCAUGUUUGGGGGAUAUUCUACUUGCUGGGAAGAAACACCUUGGAAUUGCAGUUCCUCUCUCUUAUUCCUCUACUCCCUGCUGCAGCUAUAAUCACUCCUACUCAGCUGUGGGGAUAGAGAAUCAAGACCGCAGUACCAUAACCACUGCAGGUCAUAACACUCAUGAUGUAGAGCUUUUUGCUUCGUGAAAUUGCAGUGCAUCAGCUCAGUGUUCCAGUGAUCACAAAUUGCUCAUGACAGAAGGGCCCACUAAACAUGGAUAUUUGGUGGGACACUGAGUUAAUGAUAGGGAGUACGAACAGGGUUUAGAAUUUCCAUUCCUAUGCUACUAGCCAGUGACUAGCUGUGAAUGGAAAAUUUGAGCCCUGUACAUAGGGUAAGGCUUAUCUUAUGAGGAGUUUAGAGCUAGGAAUUGUUUAGAGGAAAUUAUAAAGCUUAAUAUACCAGUGAUUGCUCUAGAUAAUCCCAUUCAAUUUGAUACUGAGCCAUGUGAGACCAUGAAUGAGCUGAGAGAGCUGGGGAUUCUGAGGGGAGAACACUGGUGAAUGGCUUAUUGAAAAUACCAGUAUACGAUGUAGCUUGCAGACCAUGGUCAAAAAACUAAAAAAGUCUGCUUGCUCAUUUUAACAAAGAGAUCUUAUGGUAAGAAACAGUAUAUCUGGGGACUUGGGGAAAAAAACUGAAUAUCACAUCAGAUGACAUGACAUGACCUGACAUCACAUGAUAUCAGAUGACAUCACAUCAUAUGACAUCACAUUUCUAGGUACGUGUCACACAUACUUUGCAUUUUAAGACUCCAUUAACAUAUAAUAUAUAUGACAAGACUUUAUCAUGGUUUUUCAUUAAAGUAUGGAUUGUUGGGCAUUCAAAGUCAACGAGAAGUGAAAUCCAAAAUGUUGGCCAAAAUGACUCAAGAGGUUAAUUUAAUCCAGCAAGAUGCUUUCAUAAAGCAUGGUUAAUGGGUGAUGAUGGGUGGAGGACAUAGGUAUUUUAGACAGAGCUAGCAAACAACAUGAAGUCAAUUCACAUACCGCAGUGGCUUUCACUGCAAGAUUAGACACGUGUUUCUUUAUAUUGAAUACAAAGAAAGAAUGAUAUGAAAGAACUGGCUCUCAGGGUUCACAUAUUUUGGCAUCAGUGGGGCAUCGAUGGAAGGGACAGAACUAAUAAGAGUCUUUAGUCUCUGCUGAGAAUUUAUUUGGGAAUUUUUCAAAUCUGAAAGUGGACACAGAGCUCUUAGGAUUUUCAAUGAGCUAAACCACAUAAUUGUACCUUAAUCCCUAUUUUUAUUCACAGCACGUACCAGUUUUACCCUCAUUACUACACCAUGGUGUGAACACUCAAUACAAAUAGAGUGUAGACAGCAGCAUGACACGCAUACACAGCACAGACAGUGCCAAUGCCUGACUACUACACCAUGACAGACCUACUGUCAGCACCCUCACAUACUACUACACCAUGACAUGUAUACACAGCAGAGGUACAGCACUGACAGACCUACAAUCAGCACCCUCACACACUACUACACCGUGACAUGUAUACACAGCACAGGUAAAGCGCAGACAGAGCUAGUGUCAGCACCCUCACACACUACUACACCGUGACAUGUAUACACAGCACAGGUACAGUACUGGCAGACCUACUGUCAGCACCCUCACACACUACUACACCAUGACAUGUAUACACAGCACAGGUACACAACUGACAGAGCUACUGUCAGCACCCUCACACACUACUACACCAUGACAUGUAUACACAGCACAGGUACAGCUCUGACAGACCUACUGUCAGCACCCUCACACACUACUACACCGUGACAUGUAUACACAGCAAAGGUACAGCGCAGACAGAGCUACUGUCAGCACCCUCACACACUACUACACCAUGACACGUAUACACAGAACAGGUACAGCACUGACAGAGCUACUGUCAGCACCCUCACACACUACUACAGCAUGACAUGUAUACACAGCACAGGUACAGCUCUGGCAGACUUACUGUCAGCACCCUCACACACUACUACACCAUGACAUGUAUACACAGCACAGGUACAGCGCAGACACAGCUACUGUCAGCGCCCUCACACACUACUACAACAUGACAUGUAUACACAGCACACGUACAGCACUGACAGACCUACAAUCAGCACCCUCACACACUACUACACCGUGACAUGUAUAAACAGCACAGGUAAAGCGCAGACAGAGCUAGUGUCAGCACCCUCACACACUACUACACCGUGACAUGUAUACACAGCACAGGUACAGCACUGACAGACCUACUGUCAGCACCCUCACACACUACUACACCAUGACAUGUCUACACAGCACAGGUACAGCACUGACAGAGCUAGUGUCAGCACCCUCACACACUACUACACCAUGACACGUAUACACAGAACAGGUACAGCACUGACAGAGCUACUGUCAGCACCCUCACACACUACUACAGCAUGACAUGUAUACACAGCACAGGUACAGCUCUGGCAGACUUACUGUCAGCACCCUCACACACUACUACACCAUGACAUGUAUAAACAGCACAGGUAAAGCGCAGACAGAGCUAGUGUCAGCACCCUCACACACUACUACACCGUGACAUGUCUACACAGCACAGGUACAGCACUGACAGAGCUAGUGACAGCACCCUCACACACUACUACACCGUGACAUCUAUACACAGCACAGGUACAGCACUGACAGAGCUACAGUCAGCACCCUCACACACUACUACACCGUGACAUGUAUACACAGCACAGGUACAGCACAGACAGAGCUAGUGUCAGCACCCUCACACACUACUACACCGUGACAUGUAUACACAGCACAGGUACAGCACAGACAGAGCUAGUGUCAGCACCCUCACACUACUACACCGUGACAUGUAUACACAGCACAGGUACAGCGCAUACAGAGCUAGUGUCAGCACCCUCACACACUACUACACCGUGACAUGUAUACACAGCACAGGUACAGCGCAGACAGAGCUAGUGUCAGCACCCUCACACACUACUACACCGUGACAUGUAUACACAGCACAGGUACAGCGCAGACAUUAUGAAUUAAAUGUAAUAAUCCAAAUAAAACGCUGUAAAAGAUUGUUCUGUUCACUGAACAAUGAUUUUUUUGAGCUGACAAUAACAGGAAGGUUUCGGGCACAAUAUGAGUCAUCGAUGUAGGUCGAAAAAUCUCAGUAAGGUUUUUCAUUAAAACUCUUUGUUUCAAAGAAACACCUGCAUUUAUCUCGAAACCCAUCCCAUCUUUUGUUUUCAAAUGAUUUAUACUUGGCUUUGAUCCCUGUUCUUGUAGCAUUACCUCUUUAGUAUAAUUAACCCCUGCCAGACCUUACUUCUCACUUGUACUUAUUGCUGUUUUUGAUAUCGGCAUCGAUUUAAUCCUUUUGGAGAAGCUUUACUUUAAUGGUCUACCGAAGUAAUCAUUAAAGUUUAUGUAAAUUUCUGCAGAUAAAUCGUUGGGAUUUUUUUAUUUAACAGAUUGGAAUCAUUUCUGAUGCUGAUUAAACAAAUUAAAUUGAGGCCUUAAUGUUUUUUACUGUGAUUUAAAUCAAGAUAGUCUGUAAUGUUGUAAUUGUGUGAUAAGUAUUUCCUUGGUAAUACGUACUGCUUGAGUGAUGGUGCAUUUGUAGGUGAAUAGUGUGAUUAUUAUUAUUAGCAAUUAUAGAGCCAGUAUUUCCCGUAGAGCUUUACAAUUAUAGAAUGGGAAUAUCGGACAACAAGUAGAAGACAAACAAAAAUGAUCAGACAUAAGAAGUGAAGAAGUGUUAUGUGCUAGUGUAGUGAGUAGCUCUAUGUGAGUAAUGGACUCCAUGAAAGUGAGUAACAAUGUCCUUGAUAAAGAUUGUAGCCCAUGGAGCAGCGCAGCUAGGUGGAAUGGGCCUUGACAGGGCUAGGGGACAGGCAUAGGAGGUGUUAAUAUUGGGGGUUUGGUUAUAGAAAGUGGGGGUUGGGUUUUAGAUUAUGGGAGUACAUAUAGCGGCCAUUUUAGAUCAAGGGCCAUCUUAAUUAAUCCUCACUUACCUAUUUUGUCCCAUCCUCACUCCCUUUAAGUAGGUUUUGGAUCUCGUUUGGCCAUGGCGGCGGAGGAUGGAUAAACAAGUUGGGGUAUAGGUUGUUUGUCGAGAUGUAAUAUAGUUUAGUUCGCUAAGAACUGUUAGGUUUGGUUAGAUUUUGGUUGGUUCGAGCUCAUCAGUAGCUCCGAACCGGGUGUGUGUAGGAUGUAUCUUGGUAUACCCCUAAAUUGUGGAAUAUGGUGGUAGGUUUGUGCUCCUCGGUAGCUCCGAACCUGGUGUGUGUAGGAUGUAUCUUGGUAUACCCCUACAUGUUGGAAAAUGGUAAAUCAUGCCCACGGUGGCAAUGGUUUAAGUGGGUAGAUGUUAUUUAUGUUAAUAUAUGUAAAUAUUGAUGUUUAUGGGGGUCACUGUCAGGGUUAAAUUGUUAAAAGAGUUGGAGCUGUGAUGUUAUGUUAGAUAUGUUGACAAUGCCCCUUAAUAUUUUAUUUAUAUUGUAAUUAUUAAUAAAGCUGUGAUAAUUUUCCCAAACAUACGGUGUCCGAGUAUCUUUGGGUUUUGGGGGUUGUUUAUUCCGCAUAUGCGAAAAAGGCGACAAUGCAUAUGUCAUGAAUCUACAUAAUUGAAGUUAAAACAAUUUCGAGGAUUUUUGGGUCUCAAUACUCAUCUGAUAUUCUACUGCAGUGCUUGCCAAUUAGGAUUCCGAGAACAAAACUUGGAUUCCACCAAAGAUUUUGCUGCAUCCAACAUGGCUUCCGCUCCCCAUUGUUCCCAUAAGUUGGAAACAGCAGAGUUCGCGAGAAUGAGCUUGACAUCGGCCAUUUCAGACUCACUCAGUUGGUUGCGAGCAUUGAUACAGGACGGUCGUGAGUGUUCUUAGCUAUUUUUGAUGCUUCAAUCAGUAUUGUGCCCAAUCUGGCUUCACAUAGGAGGAAAAUGAUUUAUUUUAUUGAGCAGCCCUUUAGAUUAGCACCUAUUGUGGCGUCUGUGGAGGGGAUUUCUUUAUUUGUAGAGUUAGACUGCGCUGAUUAAAAAUGUGCUGCUGAAAAUAUUUGUAUUUCACACGUUUACCCUAAUUUACCUGGAAAUGUUUUUGUUUUUGUUGUAAAAGUUCAUUAGAAAUUAUUUUAUUUUAAAAAAAAAAUUCUGUUCUUCAGUACUACAAUACAAUCUGUAGAAAACAGUAUAUAACCCCCAAAAAACACCCACAAAAAUUGCUUCCGCUGUAAAAGUACAAAAAUCUGUUUACAAUAUUUUGAAGUUAUACAACAGCGCAUUUUACUCCAAUGCUGACCCGAAAAGCUCACGUGCUUUACUUGCUUACUAAAAGCUGGGAACAAGACAGCAUCAUUUUUAUACAUUUACUAUUUUUUAAAAUCUGAUCGAUAUUACUUCUGACAGUCAACUUGGACAAAAAUAUGAAUGCGUUCUUAUUCUUUCUUCUUUUUUGGGCGAUACCCUGAGUUAUUGCAGCUGACAAUCAAAGUUCUGAUGUUCUGGAUUCCCGAUUCACUCUGCAACCCAAACAAAGUAUUUUGGGGUUGUUCCACGAUUUUGGUGUCAUUGUGUCAAAAGGUUCCACAGAAAACUACUGCUUUACUGUAAUGGACAUAGUAAGAGCAAGCCUUUUUCUCUGCGCUGGCUCCCUCUACUGUUCUGUAUCUGCAUUUUUCCAUGAAUUCUCUUUAUUUUACUCUGCGUUUAUCUGAAUCUGCGGAUUGUAUAAGAUCUUAAAAUAAAAUUGAAGGUAAAGGAAGUCAGAAUGUCCUUUAUAAAAUACAUACCAGUUCCUGUUAUGAAAGGGACUAUCACGAUUAUUUACAAAAAUGAGAAUGUCCAAGAAUUGCAACUUUUAGGUCAAAGUAGCUAAACUUUUUAAAUAGCAGAAUUAACAAACUGUUUCCAAAUUUGUAAUUCCCAGUUUAGUAAAUAACCCUUUUGAUAGGCUUACAGAUAUGGUGAUAUAGCCCAGUUAUGGCAAGCAUCAUAAUUACCACUUCAAGUCUCACAGUCUCAAAUUUAAGGUCGCUGACUGUGAAAAUGACUAUUGCGAUCCUAUGACUGCAGCAGCCAAUCACAUGCUUAGAUUUUAUAAGUAAACAGAUUAGUUCCCAGCAUUCUGUUGGGAAGAGAAGAAGAAUUGCUCUUUUGAAAUGUCUGAUGAUAUUGAGUGCCUUCGGUGUUAGGAAGCCCAGGUAAACUAUGUAUCAGCAAUUUUUAAAGUGUUACAGUAUCGUUUAAAGAAUAUAUGUGAUGAGGCCAUUUUGUAUGUGAUGAGGCCAUUUUGAACGUGCACAGACUCUGCUGGUAGCUGGCAUUUGGUAACUUCCAAUCAGUCAAUAUGUGCUUGUUCCCCCAUAGGUUACCUGCAAGCCUCUCGUGCCCUGAUGAUCUGUUCCCUUGUAUUUGGGUUCUUCGCCUGUCUGUGCGGAAUGAUUGGGCUGCAAUGCACAAAGGUUGCAGAUGGAAACGCUGCACUAAAGGGCAAACUUGCUGUAACAUCAGGGGCCAUCUCUAUAUUUUCUGGUAAGUUUAUAUUAAUCUAAUUAAUGGAGAUAGCUCCUUCUGUCUGUGUCACUGUGUCACCCGGCAGGGGGAGGGACAGACUCACAGCUCCUUCUGUCUGUGUCACCCUGCAGGGGGAGGGACAGACUCAUAGCUCCUUCUGUCUGUGUCACCGUGUCACCCUGCAGGGUGACACAGACAGAAGGAGCUAUGAGUCUGUCCCUCCCCCCUGCAGGGUGACACGGUGACACAGACAGAAGGAGCUAUGAGUCUGUCCCUCCCCCUGCAGGGUGACACAGUGACACAGACAGAAGGAGCUAUGAGUCUGUCCCUCCCCCUGCGGGGUGACACAGUGACACAGACAGAAAGAGCUAUAAGUCUGCCACUCCCCCUGCAGGGUGACACAGUGACACAGACGAGCUAUGAGUCUGUCCCUCCCCCUGCAGGGUGACACGGUGACACAGACAGAAGGAGCUAUGAGUCUGUCCCUCCCCCUGCAGGGUGACACAGUGACACAGACAGAAGGAGCUAUGAGUCUGUCCCUCCCCCUGCAGGGUGAUACAGUGACACAGACAGAAGGAGCUAUGAGUCCGUCCCUCCCCCUGCAGGGUGACACAGACAGAAGGAGCUAUGAGUCUGUCCCUCCCCCCUGCAGGGUGACACGGUGACACAGACAGAAGGAGCUACGAGGGACGGACUCAUAGCUCCUUCUGUCUGUGUCACCCUGCAGGGGGAGGGACAGACUCAUAGCUCCUUCUGUCUGUGUCACUGUGUCACCCUGCAGGGGGAGGGACAGACUCAUAGCUCCUGCUGUCUGUGUCACCGUGUCACCCUGCAGGGGGAGGGACAGACUCAUAGCUCGUCUGUGUCACUGUGUCACCCUGCAGGGGGAGUGGCAGACUUAUAGCUCUUUCUGUCUGUGUCACUGUGUCACCCCGCAGGGGGAGGGACAGACUCAUAGCUCCUUUUGUCUGUGUCACUGUGUCACCCUGCAGGGGGAGGGACAGACUCAUAGCUCCUUCUGUUUGUGUCACUGUGUCACCCUGCAGGGGGAGGGACGGACUCAUAGCUCCUUCUGUCUGUGUCACUGUGUAUGUAUGAGUUGUCUCUCAGAGUAAUCGUGUUAUUCUUUGCACUUUCCCAGGUAUCUGUGCUGGCAUUGCAGUAUCCUGGUACGCUUUCAACAUCACCAAGCAGUUCUUUGACCCACUUUACCCAGGAACCAAGUAUGUAUCAAGUGAACACAUACUCCCCUAAAUAUACACCAAUUACCAGCCUGGGUGGGUAUAGGGCUGUCUCAUUGUACACAUAGCAUGCUUAAAGAUGUUUUUAUGUCGCUUCAGGGGAACUAAUGUUUAGCAUCUGGGUGGGUGCAAAUCAGCACCAACAAAUGGAGUACCUGGCAGGAAUCUUUAAUGAUCGGCCUUUCUCUGAUAGACCGAAGAUUGGCAGCCAUCAUCAUGUAACACCUAGCCUUAGUGCCUUGUAGUGUCUAUUGUGUUGGCUGUUAAUCUGUGGUAGUUGUGGUUUAAAGAAAAUAAUAUAUUUCAAGAUUUUAAAGGGCUCUCCCUAUAUGGUCUGCACCCACUGCUACUUGUCUUGCAGCCUGGGAUCCAGAGGGAUCGCAGAAACUAGAUAAAACUGACACACAUUUUUCAAAUUAUAGUAUACAGCCUCGUAGACAAUAAAUGUUAAAUUGUUGAAUGUUUUUGGCACUUUUUUCCUUACAUUGUCUUAUCUUUCAAUCUCCACUGCUUUCUUUCCUCCUUUCAAAGUCUCCAUUUUGCCAACUUUAUGUUCCAAUCAAGGUGUCACCUUCUUCUUUAUUGACAAACAUCUUCUACCUGACACUUUCAUCUUUUCAGUAUUCAAAAUAUCCCAAAACACUUCGCCUUUCUCCGCACUCUCCAAAUGUAGCAACUCCCACAUCAUCACCAGGAAAGCGAGGGAAAGCAAUUUAAAAAUUCACACUUUACACAGUUUAUCCAAAAAUACUGUAACCGCCAAGAAAUGAAAAACGGGGAUCAUUUUAGAUGACAAUAUGUAUAUUUACAUUACCAAAAAAAAGGUGUGCUGUGCCUUUAAGACAAUAUAAUUCAAUAGUGACACUCACAAUAACAUAAAAGUGCUAAGCUACCAAUAAAUACUUGGACAGUGCCAAACGUCAAAAGUGCUGAUAAUAUGUGCAAAUCAGUGCUGUAAAGCUCACACCAUAAGUGCCAAUGCAAAAAAGUACAACACAAGUGUAAAGUAUACUUACACUAUACAGAAGUUCACAACUUGCACAAAACACAUAUAUAAAAAAGAAAAAGAACAAUAUAUAGUGUAAUAUUAUCACAACAAGUGUGUGCAUAUAUAAGUGCAAUAUCACUCUCAAUCCAGGUAAGUAUUCUCAGAUUAUAGAUGAGCCUCUCCACCUGUAGUGGACCCAACAGAUGACUAAUCAGCCAAACAGCCGAAAUCUUCAAGCAGUUUUUUCUUUUUCAAAUACCGGUAUUUGUUCUGUGCAAGUUGUGAACUUCUGUAUAGUGUAAGUAAAGUGUUGUAUAUUCUACACUUUUCACGUGUGUUGCACUAUUUUGCAUUAGCACUUAGUGUGUGAGAUUCACAGAACUGAUUUGCACAUAUUAUGAGCACUUUAAUGUUUGAAGUUUGGCAGCAUCUAAGUAUUUAUUGGUAGCUGAACACUUUUAUGUGAUUGUGAGUGUCACUCAAUAUUGUCUUAAAGGCACAGCACACUUUAUUUGGUCAUUUUUAUUCUGUAGUGUUUUUUGAGCUAUUACGCGGUUUAAGGUGCAGCUUUAUACUAUUAUUAUUUUAUUGGAAAAAAAUAUUUUUUUUCUUAGCGCCAUAUUUUACUUGAAUUUUUGGAAUUUAUUGCAAAUACAUAUUGUAUAUAUAUUAUAUAUAUAUGGUGCUGAGAGCCCAUUCCUUUCCUGCUUUUUCCAACUACUGGUAGAAAGAGAUAGUUCUAGUAAAAGCAUUGAUACUGUGCAGAACCCUCCAACUCUCAGACAUCGGGUAGAGGACCCGAGAAUUAGGAAUACACAACAUAUCACGUAGGGAUGGUUUACUGGCGCUGAGAGAUUAGGGUAUUAUACACUAUACAAUAAUUGAAGAUAAAUUAGAGUCACUACAUGUUGUACAUGAACUGUUACAAAGUAGAUCUCCCUGCACCUGUGACACGAUCUCUUUUAUGCCAACAGAUAUGAGAUCGGGCCGGCUCUCUACCUUGGCUGGUCAGGAGCUUUAUUGGAUGUUGUUGGAGGUGGACUUCUCUGCUGCUCGUACAAACAGUUUUCCAAACCAAAAGAGUAAGUUCUAAAUUUAAUUAACUUUCAUUUCUAUAGUAUCCUCUGCCCUCUACAUCUCCUUUACGCCACUCGUCCCAGCCCCAGUAUUGAAAGGGCUAAAAAAAACUAUUACCCGAUUCCAGCAUCAAUCUUCCUCAGUGCUCAGUUGGCACUCCACCUCCUCUGAUGUCAUCCAAUGGGAGGGCUAAUGCACAUGUACAUGCACGGUGAAUGCUGUGAGCACCUUAGACCCUCCCCAUAGGAAAGCAUUGCUUGAAGGCGCUGGAUGUCCUCAUACAGAGCAACCAAAAGUCACCUAGCCACCACUAGAGGCAGUCUUAGUCCAGAAUGUAAUCAUUGCAGUUUCUGUAAAACAGCCAUGAUUUACAUUGCAGGGUUAAGGGGGACAGGGACACUGCACCCAAACCACUUCAGUGAGCUGAAGUAUUCUGGGUGCCUAUAGUGUCCCUUUAAAUGAAUUACAUGCAUUUAUUUAAAAAGGAGCCUGCAGUAUAUAAUGAUCCAACAGGGGGCCCUGUGCUCCAUGGGUUGUAUGUGGGCAUAAUGUUAUAAUAGGUUUAAGUCCUGAGGAGAUAGCGCAGCUAAGUGGACAUGUAGGAGUGUGGGGGUAGAUGCAUGGGAUUGGCUGGGAAAGAGUGUGUGGGUGGGAUUAUGUUCUAUGUAAGUUAGUGUGGGGGAGGUCUUACCUCAGUGCCACUUGGGAUUCGGGCUAGCAAACAGCUUCCCUCCUGCCCGCCCUAUUAGUAUAUUUAGUCACAGCUAGCCAGGGGCUAUGUCCUUGCCAAUUGAGUUUGAGUGGUUACGUUUAAGUAUAUGGAAUGAGAUGAACAAGCUUUAAGGUCUCAACCUCCCCUGCUUCAAACGGUUAACAUUAGGUUGCCUGGAUAAGGUCGGCUGAUGGCGGGCAUUGGAAAGAUAUGAAUUUUAUGACGAGGGGGGAGGUGAGAGGAAGUGGUGAUUAGGAACCACUGUAUGUUUAUUGGCAAGGACGGUUGGCUCAGUGUAUAACACUAUGUGUUAAUUUAUGCUUAUUUAUGUCUAACGUUUUAGUUACAGAAAAAGAAGAGAUUUAAUAAAGAAAGUUAUGGAUGUGUUAUGCAGUAAUUUAGUUUGUAAUAAAUGCUGUGGCCUGUUUCAUCCAUACUAAGUGAUCUGUCAUUAUUGGGGGGGGUUGAAUGGGGUUAGUUUUGUUCUAGGCUGCAUCACGAUUCCCCACUACGUACAUACAUGUAGUCUGUGUAAUUUGAUCUGACUAAGAAUGCUCGUAUGUCACUAGUUAAUAAUGUUCCUCUUGUAUUAUCUUUACAGUAAUUUCUCCUACAACUAUCGCGCUCCCCAAGUGAUGUCUUCCAGCAAGGCUACACCCCAAGCUGCCCUCCCACGAUACGAGUCUAGCAAUAGUAUUUGUAAAUAUGGCAAGAAUGCUUAUGUGUAAAACUUGGAGACUAGAAGGACUGUGUGUGCUAUGCAAUGCCAAUGGGUAUCAUCACGGCACUAUCCCAUUAGCCUCUGGAGCGGUCCAUUACCAUUUUCAGUCCUAAAACUUAGUGGCACUGAAGUUCUUCAUUUGGAAUACCAUUCCCAUGCGAAGAAAAACACAAGAUUGUCAAUGGGCCACAAACUUUUUCUAAAGGAACUUUUCAUCCUAUUCCACCAAAGUCCUACAGUCAUGAAAUAAAUGUUAUGAUUUUUGAAUUUUUUUUAUAUUUAACCUUUUUUAUUUUUUUUUAUUAUAAAAUAAAGCAAUUUAUUUCUUAAGCAAUUUUCAAUGGCAAUCUGAGAAGACCUUUGCCCCUACUAUGAUAUGUGAUGCAAACAAAUAAUUCCACCUUCAGAAUUUUUGUAUCCCAAAAAUGACGUUUAGAUGAUUGAAGUUAUUUCUUCCUUCAAAAGUUAAUCACUCAAUCGUAUAAUUGCUAACAGAAGAUUUUCAACCGAAAUGACUUUUUUUUCUUUUUUAAUAAUUUUGUUUUGUAACUUUACAAAGGAUAUUCGCUUGAAAGUUUUGAGAUUAUAGAUGCUUUCAUUUGCAAGAUGAUGGAUUGAAGGAUUCUUCCAGCAGACACUGUACCCAUGGACACGUUAAUUGAGGAGGGAAUAAGUUUUUUUUAUAAUAAGAACUAGAUUAGAAAAAAAGUGAAAACCUUUUCAACGAUGAUGGCUCUCCUGCUAAAACAGCCGUUGUAGAAACUGUUUCUGAGACUUUUAGAAAAUCAACCCAUUUCCAUUUGUUUGUUUAAAGCCUUGAUCUGCUAUCUUGAACAUUUUCAAUCCCAGUUUUAUAGCUGAAUAAAAGAUAAAAUACAAUACAGACAUUUUAUAAACCGUGGUAUUUUUUGGAUGUAAAGACAGAGCAGCAGUUUUGGAAUUGGAUACUUGUUUUUGUUUUUUAAUGAUAUAUUGGAUAUGCCUGUCAGAUGGUAUUAUAAAUCUUUAAAUGUACAAUCAUGCAUGGGAUUUGAACCACUGGAGCAACAGCCAGUCAUACCUUGUACUGACGGCUGAUAUUUACGACUUGUAUUACGAAGAUCUGCAGUUUUAUCCUAUUUAUAGUUAAAUCCCCUUUCAUAAUAUUGUAAAGUGCUACGGAAUCUGUUGGCGCUAUAUAAAUGGCAAUAAUAAUAAUAAUAUCACGAAUAAAUUAUGUUCUUGUUCAAAAAAUGUUUGUGACCAUUCUAAACAAUACAAAUCUGUAGAAUUCAACAAGGAACAUUUGUCACAAUCGAGUUUAUUCACGACAUGGCGAAUUCGGCUGAUCAAGAAUCCACGCUAAAUCGCAAAAAUGUGUACGUAGCGGAUUAGGAUAAUGUUUCCAAAUCUGCUCUACCCUGAAUGGUGAAAAUUAGAUUUUCUAUGCAGUGUGGUGUUUAGUAAAUAAAUCACAAUGUAUGAAAUAUAUUCUUAUGCACGAUCAGAUCGUUGUAACCUCAAAAAAAACAAUGAAUGCAAAGUUCCAAGGUACUACAAAUAAGCGUGUUCGAUUAAUUUUUUUCCUCUGGACUUUGUGUUAUCAUCAGCGGUGAUUUGGAUCAUUAAUGUAAUAUUAUUUUAUGAUAUAAGAUUGAUUGAGCAUUUUACCAUAUUUAAUAAAUAUUCACAAAUAUUUGAGCUAUUAUUGAGCUAUUACUUAGCGCACCUCAGUUCUUAAACAGUUUACUAAUAAACGCCGUUACCUUUACAUUGUGUAAGGGAUUUAUGUGUCUGAUAUAUUUGUAUACGUGAUAUAGGAACACAAUAACGGACUAAUUCGGGUUUGUGAGCACUAUUCUUGCAAUGUGCUUUUGUGUGCUUUGUAUAAUUGCAC